GUAAAUCCUGUUAACGUGACCUACAUCAGUUCUAGAGUCCGGACUGCUGUGAUUGUGUCAAAAAUGCACAGAAACCUCUGAAACUUGCGCUUUUCAAAAAAGAUUCUUUUGUAACCCUGCAUGUUUUUUGGGGUGUGCUAACUCUGCUCCACUGGUCAGAAAGAUAUACAGAACAAGAUACUUUGUAUCCCUUAAAGUCAUAUUUUUAUUUUUAUUUUCACCGAAUAUUAAGAUGUUUACAGAAGAUUGAUAUUGGUGAUUGCAGCAGCCAGUACCAGGUUCUAGAGAAGAUCUCUUUGCAGAAAUUCCACAAUGAAGAUUUUGGUGGCAAUCUGUAUACUUCAUGCUUCUUUUGGGGUCGUUUGUCCAGCACAGACAUUCCAAACCUUGUCCCAUUUAAAGCCACAGAAAAGUGAUGCUGUGCAGGCUCAAGCAGUGACUGAUCUGCUGAAACGUUUGAUCGGGGACAGGGCUAAUGGAUUUGUUGUGAAGGUGAACAGCUACUUGGCUGCUGAUGGACUGGACACCUACCAGCUGAGUUCACUGCCAAGUGGCCAAAUUUCAGUUGUGGGAAGCAGUGGGGUGGCAGCAGCCACAGGGUGCUACAAUUACUUGAAAUAUUACUGUGGGUGCCACAUCUCUUGGUCUGGAGUUCAGCUGAACUUACCACCUGUCCUUCCUCCAAUAUCUUCACCAGUUACUGUCAAAACACCAAACAGGUAAGGCUCUUGAGCAUGGCAUACCAACUAGAACUGCAUGAGAAUGUCUGCAAUGAAUGAAAGAAUAAUUUCAUAUAAAAAAAAAAAAAAAAUUCUGGGAGAAACUUGAUUUAAACUUUUUUCUUUUUUAGAUUGUGGUCACUUGUUUGUGAGGUCCUGCAGUUUAUUUAUUUUUUUUAACUUUAUGAUGGCAUUGCAAGCAUUGCCCUCUAAACAUGGUUGUUACUUUAAAUGACCUAAUACAGAUGUUUUUGUGUGUUAAGAUUUCAUGGAAGAGGAACCCUCAUUUCAAUAUUUAAUGUUUAAAAGGAAAAAAAAAAUCCCUCUGAUAUUUAAUUUAUGAUGUUCCACUCAACUUCCCUGUUUUUUUGUUGUUGUUGUUUUUAGUUAUAUAUUUACUUUUUCUGAAAUAAGAACUUCCUCAUUCCCUCUCUCCAGUAAACUGUAUUGAAGCUUACUGGGGUAAGUAAAGCAGAAGAGGUAUGUUAAAACACAAAACAAACCUCCUCUGCAACACUUCUGAGUUCACAGUGACAUUACCAACUUGUCUGUAUGCCCGCAGUACCAUAUUCAUUUAUGUAGCACUGUGGGGGGUUAAAUUUAGAGGAGCAUUAUAGUUACCAAAACAACUGUAAAGGUAACAAGGCAUAAGAUUCUUCUAGCGCUUGUUGUGCGAUAAGAGAAGCAGCUCGAACAACCGAAUCUAGAGUCUCUCCUUUCCGUUCCUGAGUAAGUUAUAUGCAAGAAGGAGGAAGUAGCGCUUUGGGAAAAUCCUCAGAUACAGGCCAAUAUGCAAUGAGAAGAAAGGACAAGGAGGGAGAUAUAGUGUAGAAUGUAAUUUGAGUGAAGAAAUGCACUUACACUGUAUGGAGCUGAUAAUUAGCUUCAAUUUAGGAAAGUAUUGGGAGGCUAUUGUGCAUGUGUGGCAAAAAGCUGCGCAGCCAAUCAACAUCUCCAUGGGGAGCAUUCAGUGCUCACAAAUCUAAUACACUGCCCCUGUUCUAUCAGUUUGGUAUACCCCGUCAGAUUGCUAUACGUGCUAGCACUCCUGCUACUCCUCCACAGCAAGGUCCUGGAAGGUAAGUAAAACUAGUUUUACACUUUCAUUAUAGUUAGUGCAUUCACUAAGCUUAGGACAUGGGACAUUUAGGGUUAAUGUUAGGGUUCAAAUUAGGGUUAGGAUUAGGGACUUGUUCCUAUUUAGUGAUAUUUCACAUUAGGGGAAUAUCACUAAAUAGUGAUUUCUCACACUUUAUUUUAACCCUUACCCCAAGGGUUAGGGUAAGAAUAGAGUGUGAGAGAGGUUAGAAUCACUUACCUAACCCUAAUUUGUACCCUCACUUAACCCUAAAUGUCCCGUGUGCCUAAGCUUAGUGAAUGCACUAACUAUAAUGAAAGUGUAAAACUAGUUUUACUUACCUUCCAGGACCUUGCUGUGGAGGAGUAGCAGGAGUGCUAGCACGCAUGUGCAGCACAGGAGACAGCUGAUUCCCCUCCCCGGAAGUGACGUGGGUAUAGCAAUCUGACGGAGUAUACCAGACUGAUAGAACACCCCCUCCAUCCACUCUUACACACUUACUCCAAUCUAAUACACUGCACCCACUCCCACCAUUCUAAUGUAAUAAUACACUGCCCCCUUCCCACCACUCUAGUAUACUGUCCUCCUCCAAAUUAAUAUACUGCUACCUUCCCCAAUUUAAAGGGACACUCUAGGCACCUACUUCUGCCCAUUGGAGUGGUCUGGGUGCCAACUCCCACUACUUUUAACCCUGCAAGUGUAAUUAUUGCCGUUUUUAUAAACGGCAAUAAUUACCUUGCAGGGUUAACUCCUCCUCUAGUGGCUGUCUACUAGACAGCCACUAGAGGGCACUUCCUGGUUUCUAGCACAGGUUUUCUGUGCUAGAGCGUCGCUGGACGUCCUCACGCUAUGUGAGGACCUCCAGCAUCUCUAAAAUCCCCAUAAGAAAGCACUGAAAGCAUUUUCAAUGAUUUCCUAUGGGGAGGUCUAAUGCGCGUGCGCGGCAUUGCCGCACAUGCGCAUUAGGUCUCAUCCUGGUGGCCGCGCAUGCGCAUUCAGUCUCCCCCGCCGGCUGACGUUGGUGGGGGAGGAGCGUGGGCAGACCCUAAACCACCACCGAAGGACAUCGGCGGUGGUCUCAGGUAAGUCACUUAAGAGGAUUUGUUUUUCUGGCACUGGAGUGUCCAUUUAAUACACUGCACCCCUGUCCCCUAUUCAGCACCGUACACAGGAAGGUCCCCUAAGCGUCUCUUCCCCUACCUUAAGAUAAGCCGUCAGUCCUCCAGUUCCAGCUCUUCUCUGCUCAAGCAGGCUAGACAGUCCACUGACACUGCGAGGAGGAGGGAAGGGGAGUAGGUGGCCCGUUUUUCUGACUGCCAGCCACUCUGUGCAUUGCAGCAACCGGUGUGGACUAAUGCUUAGCGGCCUUAUGACCCCAAAGCACGCGAUCAACCGUGGUAGGGCGCCUGUCUUGUGGCUGGUCGCAGCCACAGUAUAAAGCGGCCCCAGGGCAGGCGGGCCGCAAAUAUAUUCACUGUAGACCGCAGGCUUGACAUGCUUGGUCCAGCAUCUUCUAAAUCCCCAUAGAAAGGCAUUGAGGCAAUACUUUACUAUGGGGAAGGCCUAAUGCACACAUGGCGUGGGAUUGGGUAAGUAAAAGUUGUUGCGAUUUUUUACCAUUUCGUGGCCGUGGGGGAUGCAUGGGCUGAGGGACACUUUAAUGUUAGGAAUACAGCACUAAAGUGUUCCUUUUAACUACCGUUUUGUAUGUUCAUGCAAUUGUUUCAAUUACUAAGGGACCACUACAGUCAAGUCAUCUCAAUGAAGUUGUAUGGGAGCAGUGGUCCUGUGCUUUUAACUCUGGAGUUUAUAAAAUAAAAUAAUUUUUUUUUUUUGUAUUUUUAUUUUUUUUAAAUAGUUUUAUAGAAAUGCCAAUGUUUACAUUGCAGGUUAAAAAUAACCUGUGUGUUUAACCGAAUGCGAUAGUGUUCCUUUACCAACCUAGUCUGUUUUUCUGGAUUUUUUUUCCCUUUCACUUUCUUUUCUCAAGAGUGCACACACUGAACUCUCUGUACAGCAAAAAAACAUGUAUUCCGAACUCUAAAGCUUUAUAAUAACUAUUUAGAUUAUCUUGAACCCCGUGGGUGUAUUAAAAAAACAAAACAAAAAACCCACCUUUUUACUCCUCAGAUGCACCGAUCUUAAUUCGACCGCAACACCCCUGUUGGCUCAUGUCCUCAUUACUAUUUAUGUCAACCAAUCCAAAAGGGAAGCAUUUAGGGCAAGUGUGCAUGCGCAGCAAUCACCUUGCUGAGACCACUCCGCAUUUCUCCUUAGAGAUCUGUUGAGUCAAUGCAUCUCUAUGGGGAAUGUUCAUGUAUUUGUACUGCUAUAGUGUCCUUUUGAAAUGUAAAAUAUAGAGGGGGGGUAAGCUUUUAAUUUACUUUUUUUCCCAGCGUCGACACCCGCUCCUCCUCCUGCAACGUCAUCCUGGAGGCGUUUUGCUUCCUCAAUGACCUCCAAUCCAAUGCUUCUCAUAGAGAAGCACUGGGGAGAAUAUGUUUGUGUGCGGUGAGCACCAUGUACACGUCCAAUCAAAUGAGCUGCAGUUAAUGACGUCAAAGGUCAUUAAAGCAGAAGCACCUGUAGUGGCUAUCAAGAAAACUGCCAAUACAAGGGUGUUUAACCCUGCAAUUACAGCUUUGCCAUAUAGUCUCAAUGCAAUGUUUUAGAUUUCAGGUGUAAAACUAAAGGGCUGCUGCAUCCAGACUACUUGCUUGAGAUGAGGUGGUCUAGGUGCCUUUUUAGAGAUCAUUUAACCACCUCCUCAAAAUUCCUGACCUGCCUGUACCAUACAAGGUGGUUAGGUCAGCAAUCAGCUCUAUCUCUUUGAUAUGAUUGUUCAAUUGAAAACUGCUGUCUUACGCUACAAUACUCCUGUACAGAAGUUCAAUUAAACCUACCACUAGACUAGAGUCGUCCUAGCUAAGCUUAAUAAGUUCAGUGUUGAGCUAUUUAGAAGAUUCAGGGUCUUGUUGCAGAGCUUAGGUUCUUAAGGCAGGUGCCUUCUAGCCCUAUAGUAAUGUAGUGAGAGUAUAGCCCUUCACCCCAUACACUAGUCAAGACAUAGUGUGGGUACAACAAGUACACCUUAUUGGAACAGCUUGUACAUAUUUAUAAACAUAAUUUGUAUUUGAACAGUAAGAGUGACACACAGUAAGUAUGGGCUGCUAACAGUUAAUUAGUUCAGCUCAGGUUCAUGACAUUAUCCUCUAGUUGUUUUCACCAGAUGGGGGGGCCAGGGUGUUCAAACCCUUUAAAAGACAUUUUCCCAAGGUGUAAGCCUCAUGACAUUAUAGAUCUCCAGAUAGCUCGUAACCUCAACCAUGCACAGUUUAAGUGCUCAGAUCAGAGGCACCCAGCCCUAGUGACAACCUUUUAAAGUUUGAACAGGUCCCAGCCCUUCGCCGUUCCAUGCGUGUGGCUACUUGGUCCCAAUUUUGAAAAAGGGGUUCCUAGAGCUCUGGUGACAGGAGUGCCAUAAAGUCCUGGGCACUCUCAGAUGCCUUCUCACCUCCCUGUCCUUCAGUCCGAUUAGCACCCAGGUAGGCUGCCUGGUGUCCGAUCACCACCAAUUUAAAGAUCUAGCCAGCCAUUGCUUACUUCAGAUCCAGCAAACAGUUCCAGAUGACUGGCAUGAAUUCCUGUUCCCUGGUCGGAAGGUGAGUCGGGGAUGUGAUGAAACUGGGUGGAUGACUGCUUGGCAUAUAUAUACCGACUUUAGGUCGAAAUAGUGCAGCUAUAUGGAAGAAUUUUCUCAAGGUUUAAAAUUACCAUCUCAAUUCCCUGUGGUGCCGUGGAAUGUUUCCCUGGUGCUAUGAAUAUAGCACCAGGGAAACAUUACUACUGAACAGGGGUCCGGUCGGGUGCCAUGGUCCUUUAAUACGGCCCCUGUAAUGUCGGAGGCAGCUGCAGCAUGAGGGGAGAGGAGCAUGAAGAGUGCCAGAUCCCUUAAUCCCACAGCAGCAGGGCUCCAAGCCACCCUCCUGGCACAUAAGGUAAGCUGAAGGGAACAGGUGUUAUAGGGGAACUCUGAAGAAGCAACGCACGGAGAGUCCGGACACAGGUCAGUUCAGGAAGCAAAGGUCUUUAUUCUCACCGAUCAGGUCUCAUCUGAACUCAUGUUCAAAAUGUCUGAGCACAUGGAGUACAGACUUUUUAUAGUUAUUCAUCGCCCACCCUUACACCUGGCAGCAAACAGUAUUUACAGCAUUACCUUAUAUAGAUAGGCAGUAUGGCACUUGAGGAGAAUGGAAUAUGGUUUUUCAAAUCCAGCACAUGCUCAGUUCAUUGAUGACAGUAUCUUAGCUACACGUAACUAACAGAUACCUGUACUUGUAUAUGCCACAUGGAGAUUUUAGGCCUACUAAAUUUUGGGCAUGUGUAUGUGUGUGAGGUGAGUGUGAGUGUGAAAUAGUAGAGAAUGGGAGGAAUAUAGUGGGUCCUAGGAGGACAAGGCAUUUACCCAAUUUAUAAUUAUUAAUAAAGAGGUUGAAGUCCUAGUUGGAAAUUAAAAAUUUACUUUUAUUAUGAUUUCAAUAUAAAAUCUAGUAUUAUUAUUAUUAUCAUUUAUAUAGCGCCAACAGAUUCCGUAGCGCUUUACAAUAUUUUGAGAGGGGGGGAUGUAACAAUAAAUAGGACAAUUACAAGAAAACUUACAGGAACAAUAGGUUGAAGAGGACCCUGCUCAAAUGAGCUUACAGACUAUAGGAGGUGGGGUAUUGGAAACAUUAGGACAAGAAAUAUCAAGUAGGAGUGAAGCAGAGCUGGAGGAGAGAGCAAAGCACUGUCCCAUAGGAGAGAGCAGGAGACAGGUAUGUAAGGUAGAGAUUAAGGCCCUUCUUAAAUGAUUGAAGACUAGGGGAGAGUCUGAUGGCAGUAGGCAAGCUAUUCCAUAGGAGAGGAGCCACCCGCGAGAGGUCCUGCAAGCGCGAGUUGGCCGUACCGGUGCGAGCAGCGGUCAGGAGGUGGUCACGGGCAGAGCGGAGGGUACGAGGAGGGGCAUAUCUAUGGAUCAGUGAAGAGAUAUAAGCGGGGCUAGAAUUGUUCAGUGCUUUAAAUGUGUGGGUUAGCACUUUGAAUUGACUCCUAUAGCAUACAGUGAGCCAAUGUAAGGAUCGGCAGAGGGGUGAUGUGUGAGAGGACAGACUAGAGAGGAAGAUCAGUCUAGCUGCAGCAUUCAUGACAGACUGUAGCGGGGCAAUACGGCUUUUGGGGAGACCAAUCAGGAGAGGGUUACAGUAAUCCAUGCGGGAAUUUACUAGAGCAUGGACAAGUUCCUUGGUAGCAUCUUGCGUAAGAAAGGGGCGAAUGCGGGCUAUGUUUUUGAGUUGGAACCUACAGGACUUGGCAACAAACUGGAUGUGAGGCUCAAAGGUGAGACCAGAGUCAAGUAUGACGCCAAGACAGCGCGCUUGCAGGGAUGGACUUAUGAGGAUAUCAUUGAGUUGAAGGGAGAGUGAGAGAGGAGGAUCAGUAUUAGGAGGAGGAAAGACAAGGAGUUCAGUUUUAGAGAGGUUAAGUUUCAGAAAGCGUGAGGACAUCCAGUCAGAGAUGGAAGAAAGGCAAGCAGUGACACGUUGCAGGACGGCAGGGGAGAGGUCCGGGGAGGAGAGGUAUAUCUGAGUGUCAUCAGCAUACAGGUGGUAGUGGAAUCCAAAAGAGGCAAUAAGUUUACCAAGAGAGGCAGUAUAAAGAGAAAAUAGGAGGGGACCAAGGACAGACCCUUGGGGAACUCCAACCGAGACAGGACGAGGGGAGGAGGUAUCCUUGGAAAAGGAGACACUGAAUGAGCGUUGGGAGAGAUAGGAGGAAAACCAAGAGAGGACAGAGUCACAGAGACCGAGCGAUUGAAGAGUUUGAAGGAGGAGAGCAUGAUCAACGGUGUCAAAGGCAGCAGAGAGGUCAAGGAGAAUUAAUAUGGAGUAGUGACCUUUGGAUUUAGCGGAGAUUAGGUCAUUAGUCACUUUGAUAAGAGCAGUCUCAGUAGAGUGGAGAGGGCAGAAGCCAGACUGAAGAGGGUCAAGGAGAGAGUUGGAAUUAAGGAAGCGAGACACACGGGUAAAGACAAGUCUUUCCAAAAGCUUUGAUGAGAAAGGGAGCAGGGAUAUGGGACGAUAGUUAGAAAGGGAGGAUGGGUCAAGAGAUGUUUUUUUCAGGAUAGGUAUUACAGUGGCAUGUUUAAGGUCAGCAGGAACGGUGCCAGAAGAGAGAGAGCAGUUAAAGAUGUGUGUUAGGGUAGGCACAAGACAAGGGGAGAGAGAUCUGAUGAGGUGAGAUGGGACAGGAUCGAGCGGGCAAGUGGUGGGGUGAGAGGAACGGAGAAGCGCAGCCACCUCUUGUUCAGUAGCUGGGUAGAAAGUCUGGAGGGUAGGGAAAGCAAGAUUUACAUGUGGUUGAGAAAGUGAACGGCAAGGAGGGGAGAAUUGUUUCCUUAGGAGUCCCAUUCAAACUUCAGAUAUCUGCUAAUACGAAAAGAUGGUGAAGGACAAUCCUCAAUUUAUGCAUUGCAGCACGUAAAGGAAGUGAUCUCGGAUCUGCAGUAGAGCAGCCUGCAGCUCCUGUCUUUGACCUGUACCAGGGAAGCCACCCACACUUCUAGAUAUACACAGAAAUGCAGAAUAACCCUCCCCUCAUACAAAUAAUACAAACAGCCCACAAACAAACAUACACACAAUCCGCACAAACGUAACCCGCUAACAAUCCACAUACAUGCACACAACCCCACAUGCAGCCUCUCACAUGUAAUACCCCAAACAGCCCCCACAUACUAACAAACACACAAUGUGACAUAUCCAUCCACACACAAUUACACAAGCAGCCCCCAUACACAGCCCACAUUCAUAUGUAUCAUACACAAUACCAUAAACUACUAAUGAACAUAUACAAUAUAAUAGCUCAUAUACACACAAAUACAACGAUACAAAGUAAUUGCAGUAAAAAUAACACAAGCAGAAGACUGCAACAUAGACGCCUCAAUUUAAAAAUAUAGGACCGGCACGCUACGGGACAUCACAAUCUUAUCGGCACAGUGCUGCUAAAAGGUUGCCUACCCCUGGCCUAGUGCUUCUGACAAAACAGACAGAUUGUCAACAGCAUGGAGGACGUUUAAAUCUGAUACCCUUCAUAAGUCUGCAGACUAGAGGAUGUUUACCCACAGGGAAAAAUUCAAUAGGGUCGUGAUUUGCUGAGAUAGCAGAUCUAUAGACAUUAAUGGUGCGAUAAGCUUUCCCUGAGUCAAAAGAGGCUGACCAAAAAAUUUAGAAUGUUUGUUAAAUCUGAAUGUAUGGGAUCCACUGCCCGUCCCAUGCACCAAUUAAGCCAAAUUUUCCAGGCUGAUCUGUAAUUUGCAUGGGUUCCCGGUGCCCAUGCUUCUGAGAGAAUGUCUCUAGUAGUGUUUGAAAAUUUACUAUGAGAUUCGAAUGACCCAAAAUGAGAUGCAAUCAAGGGUAGUUGGCCGACAGCACUAGAGGAUGAAAAUUUCCCUCUGGAUCGCAAAGAGAAUCCUGACCCAUCUGUAUGGGUCGUGGGUAGUCUAUCAGAAUGCUGAGUAGUUGAUGGUUGUGAUGGCCAGAGAGGGGUUAUAACUACUAAGGUCGAUUUCUGGGACCAUACUUUCAGAAGUACCCGUGAUAUCAUCGUAAACGGGGGAUAAGCAUAAUUGAUUCAGUCUUUCCAACAUUGGAGGAAAGCAUCUUGAUCUACUGCUUCUGGAUCCGGACGCCAACUGAAAAAUGUUUCUAGUUGGCGAUUGAGCUGUGAUGCAAAGAGGUCGUAUUGAAAUGGACCCCACAAAGCAAGUAGUCGUUGGAAGAUGUUGGGAUCCAACAUCCAGUCGCUGUAAUCCAGUAGGAAGCGGGAAUUCCAAUCUGCUACUGUAUUGGAAAGGCCGGGAAGGUAUUCUGCUCGUAACAUUAUGUUUCGAUCGAGGCACAAAUGCCAUAAUUCUUUGGCAAUGUCGGCCAGUUGCUUGGAUUUUGUACCUACUAAGCGAUUUAUAUAUUGGACUGCUGAUAUGUUGUCCAUCUUGAGAAGGAUACAACAAUGGGAUUUGUGUUUCGCAAAACUGGGUAGAGCGAAAAACCCUGCCAUGAGUUCCAGGCAGUUUAUAUUCGUCUCUUCUAGAGACCAUUUGCCUCCUGUGGAAUUGCCUCCACAAUGGGUUCCCCAGCCUAAUCGACUUGCGUCGGAUUCUAUAGUUAGGUCUGGGAAUAACGUGAAAAUGGAUUUCCCGUUCCAAAUUUGAACAUGAUCUAACCACCAGGAUAGUUCUGUUCUUGUCUCUGAAGUUAGAGAAAUCUCGUCUGAAUAGAGGAGACCGUUGCGUAAAUGUUCUCUUUUCAAUCUUUGAAGAGCCCGAUUAGCCUGGAUCGAGGCUGAUAAAAGUCCUACAAUCCGUGUUAAAGACCUGAUGGAAAUGAAUUCCUUCUUUAGAACUGACCUGAUCUCUUUUCAAAUUGUUUUUCAAUUUCCGUGAUGGAAGGCUGAGUGGCCAAAUUGGAAUUCACUAAAAAUCCUAAAAAUUCUAUCUCCUGAAAGGAAGUUAAAAUCGUUUUUUCGUAAUUUAUUACAAAGCCAAGGCUUGUUAACAGAUUCAAUGUCCAUUGAGAAUGUAGUUGAAGAGUUUGCACACUCUGUGACAUAAUCAAUAUGUCAUCUAGAUAGACUAUCAUUCCUACUCCCCUGCUUCGAAGUAGGGAUAUUUACUGGUUUGAGUAAUUUGGUGAAACACCAAGGUGCAGAGGAUAAACUAAAUGGCAAUGAUUUGAAUUGCCAUUUCUUCCCUUGCCAUAGAAACUGUAAAUAUUUCUGAAAUGAGUGGCGGAUAGGUACCGUGAGGUAUGCAUCCUUCAAAUCUAUUUUUAUCAACCAGUAGUUGAACAUCAAUAGGUCUUUGAGGUAAUAAAUUCCCUCCAUUUUGAAAUGGUGGUAUCUGACAAAAUUGUUUAAGUAUUUCAAGUUUACGACUGGUCUGUGACCAGAAUCCUUUCUUUUUCACCAAGAAUAAAUUGCUUAUGAAGCCUGGGCUGCUCAUGGGCACCUGUAUGAUGGUCUUGGGUCGAAAAAUUUAUUGGGAAAGGCAUGUUUCUUUGGACGGGGCAUGAUAUAAAAUCUAUUUUGUAACCUAGAACCGUGUCUAGUAUCCAAGAAUCAUUUGUAAUCUGACUCCAGACAUGGAAAAAACAAGUGAGUCUGCCCCCUAAUCCUACCAGGGAAGAAAGGGGGGUUGUCGUACUCACCGGAUGAAGAUCUGAAGCCAGACAUUCCUCGAUGGCCUCUUGAUCUUGAUGGAAAGAAAGGAGUUGAUUGUUGGGAGUCAUAUUAGGGCCUGGUGGGUUGAAAGGUGUUCCUUGUAACCUGUCUAUGCUGAAAGGAACGGUUCCUUCCUCUUCCAGCCAUUCCGAAAACCUUAGGGUUGAAAACUUUCUUCAGGGAUGACUGAGCCUUAUCAAGGGAACUAAAUAGAUUGACAUAUUUAUUAAUGUCUUUAAUAAAGGAUUCUCCAAAUAGGAGACCUUCACCAGCUGGACCAGGUUCGGAAGUGGCUAAAUUUGACAGUUGAGGGUCAAUUUUCAUUAAAAUAGACCUGCGGCAUUCGCUGGUCAGCGCUGUUAGCAUUCCCCAAAAAGCUUAUAAUGCGUUGGGUCCAGCCUUUCAAAGUAUCAAUUCCCAGAAGCUGCCGCAUGUUUCAAACAUUUUAGCCACAGGACCAGAAAUGUCUAUUAUUUUAUCUUGACAAGAUUUUAGUGAUCUGUCAAGACAUUUAUUUGGGUUCUUCCCUGAUUCUGUUAAAAAUUGCACAAUAGUAGGAUCUAGAUCAGGGGUCUGUGCGACUUUCUUUGACAAGGUCGGUCUAGGGCAUUCAGCUCUUAUUUCUAGCUGCUUGAUCAAGGGGUUUCCUCAACCAGUAUUCAAGAUAUUUGGCUACAUGAGCCAUAGGGACCCAUUCGGCUGACCUGGGGUGUUUAAUAUGGUCUGGGUCGAAUAAUGGUUUACCAUUAAAAUCCAAAAUAAUACAGGGAGUGCAGAAUUAUAAGGCAAAUGAGUAUUUUGACCACAUCAUCCUCUUUAUGCAUGUUGUCUUACUCCAAGCUGUAUAGGCUCGAAAGCCUACUACCAAUUAAGCAUAUUAGGUGAUGUGCAUCUCUGUAAUGAGAAGGGGUGUGGUCUAAUGACAUCAACACCUUAUAUCAGGUGUGCAUAAUUAUUAGGCAACUUCCUUUCCUUUGGCAAAAUGGGUCAAAAGAAGGACUUGACAGGCUCAGAAAAGUCAAAAAAUAGUGAGAUAUCUUGCAGAGGGAUGCAGCACUCUUAAAAUUGCAAAGCUUCUGAAGCGUGAUCAUCGAACAAUCAAGUGUUUCAUUCAAAAUAGUCAACAGGGUCGCAAGAAGCGUGUGGAAAAACCAAGGCGCAAAAUAACUGCCCUUGAACUGAGAAAAGUCAAGCGUGCAGCUGCCACGAUGCCACUUGCCACCAGUUUGGCCAUAUUUCAGAGCUGCAACAUCACUGGAGUGCCCAAAAGCACAAGGUGUGCAAUACUCAGAGACAUGGCCAAGGUAAGAAAGGCUGAAAGACGACCACCACUGAACAAGACACACAAGCUGAAACGCCAAGACUGGGCCAAGAAAUAUCUCAAGACUGAUUUUUCUAAGGUUUUAUGGACUGAUGAAAUGAGAGUGAGUCUUGAUGGGCCAGAUGGAUGGGCCCGUGGCUGGAUUGGUAAAGGGCAGAGAGCUCCAGUCCGACUCAGACGCCAGCAAGGUGGAGGUGGAGUACUGGUUUGGGCUGGUAUCAUCAAAGAUGAGCUUGUGGGGCCUUUUCGGGUUGAGGAUGGAGUCAAGCUCAACUCCCAGUCCUACUGCCAGUUCCUGGAAGACACCUUCUUCAAGCAGUGGUACAGGAAGAAGUCUGCAUCCUUCAAGAAAAACAUGAUUUUCAUGCAGGACAAUGCUCCAUCACACGCGUCCAAGUACUCCACAGCGUGGCUGGCAAGAAAGGGUAUAAAAGAAGAAAAUCUAAUGACAUGGCCUCCUUGUUCACCUGAUCUGAACCCCAUUGAGAACCUGUGGUCCAUCAUCAAAUGUGAGAUUUACAAGGAGGGAAAACAGUACACCUCUCUGAACAGUGUCUGGGAGGCUGUGGUUGCUGCUGCACGCAAUGUUGAUGGUGAACAGAUCAAAACACUGACAGAAUCCAUGGAUGGCAGGCUUUUGAGUGUCCUUGCAAAGAAAGGUGGCUAUAUUGGUCACUGAUUUUUUUUUUGUUUUGUUUUUGAAUGUCAGAAAUGUAUAUUUGUGAAUGUUGAGAUGUUAUAUUGGUUUCACUGGUAAUAAUAAAUAAUUGAAAUGGGUAUAUAUUUGUUUUUUGUUAAGUUGCCUAAUAAUUAUGCACAGUAAUAGUCACCUGCACACACAGAUAUCCCCCUAACAUAGCUAUAACUAAAAACUACUUCGAAAAAUAUUCAGCUUUGAUAUUAAUGAGUUUUUUGGGUUCAUUGAGAACAUGGUUGUUGUUCAAUAAUAAAAUUAAUCCUCAAAAAUACAACUUGCCUAAAUCAUCAGAUUUAGAGAUAAGCGCAGGUGUCUCAGAUAUAUGAAUAAUUUGAGUCAGAAUCAGAGUCAGAUUUUUCAUCCCUUGAGAUUGAAGAUGAUUCACUAUCUGAGGAGUUUUUAUAGGAAUCAGGUUUGCUCCUGUGAAUGGCCUUCCGAGCUCGUUUAUCUUCCUCACGAGCAGAUGGUCUUUUGAGUGAGUGAUUACACUCUUCAGUUUUGCGUGAGACACGCAUUGUGUUCUUGUCUUGGUCCUUCCCUAUCUUAAGUGGCUUAGAGCCGCUAGGGGAUUUUGCAGGACCAUCAAAGCAAUGUUUGCGUUUCUGGGUGGCCUUCCCAGACCUCCUAAAACCUUGAGCUAGGUUCCGUUCAGACUCCACAGAUGACCAGAACUGGUCUGAAGCAGUAUUAAUUAAAUUAGUCUUCUCACUGGGUUUUGAGUUACUUAUGGCUUGAGCCACAGACUUUGCAAUUGCUUCUUGCAUAGAAGACAUUGCAGUAUAAAUUGCAGAGGAAACUGACUUUUGAACGGAUAAAUCCACAAUAUUUUGUAAAGAAUCCUCAGUGAGGAUUUCAGUCAUGAGAAACACCAGGUUUUGGUGAUUCAAUUUGUCUAAUCUCUUUAGGAUUCAUAAUUUACAAAAUUGCAACAAAUAGCAAUUGUAUCUACUAUUCGUAGAAUAGUUAAAUAAUAAAAUGUUGCCAAUUAUGAGGGAAAUCCUGAUUGGAAAAUCAAAUGGUUCAAAUUAUAAUAAUAAUUACCAGUAAAGAGUAACAAGAUGUGAAGAAAAACACUGUCCUGAGGUAAAGUGGGCAGGAAAGUUAGCUGAGGACCAACUAACUGGUAUUCCCGCCCAUAAAACAUCAUCAAUGUAUGGGGACUAAAUGACAGAAAAACGCGCUUGCAACGGUUCGCAUAAAACUGCCGAAAUGACUGAACAGUGAAUUGACCGUUCGUAUACAAAAAAACAGCGAACGCGUGAAUAAUAAAGUAAUACGAAAAAUAAAUGGGUGCAAUUUGUGUAAAAAAACUAACGAAUGCGAUUCAUAGAAAUACUGACCUAACAAUUCAAAGACAAAACUACCGAACGCGGACGAACCGCGACUUCAUUUCCAGACAGAAUACAUGAAAUAUAUAUAUAUAUUGUUUUAAUAUAUAUAUUAAAACAAUAGAAGACCUAGAAUUACUUCAGAAAAGUAUAUAUUCCAAAGGAAUAAACACAUAUGUCAACAUAUAACCAAACUAGAAGGUAUGUGUAGAAAAACAGUAGGAUAAGUGAAUAUAUACGAUACUUAUCUCUACUGGAGCAGCAAAGAAAGAGGGAGAAUAUUGGAGGAUCAUUCACUAUAUGGACUAUGCUGGAUGUUGAUUGGCUACCAACGUUCCAUUUCAGUUACUCUGUUGUUUUACCUUUUUUUUAUUCACUAAACUUAUAAAAUCCUUUUUUCUGAACAUAUCUCUGUUCAGAUACACAAAUGAGAUUGGAAAAAAUCUUUGUUUUGGAGUGUAUAUUUUACUCCUUUUUCACCUUAAUAUUAAUUUUUUAUUGUAUUUUUUAUUUUUUGCAAGGGGGGGAUUUUUAACACUUUAUUAUUCCAUCCUUUCCUUAUUGGUUUAGUGAAUAUUUAUAUAUAUUUUUGGUAGCACCCUAGGAGAUAUCUUGUCUUCGUCCAUUCCCUAUGCUUCAGUAUCUUCUGAGGUAAUUAAAUUAGUAAAGUCUAUUGUAUACUAGAUUUUAUAUUCAAAUGACUUCAACCUCUUCAUUAAUGUAUGUGUAUAUGUGUGUGUGUGUGUGUGUAUAUAUAUAUAUAUAUAUAUAUAUAUAUAUAUAUAUAUAUAUAUAUAUAUAUAUAAUGUGUGCUUCUGUGUAUGAGCAUAUGUGUGUCAGGGUGUGUGUUUUUAUGUCAGUGUGUGUAUCUGUGCCAUGGUGUGGCAUGUAUCAAUGAAUGUGUGCAUCUAUGUGUGCGUAUGUCGGUGUAUUUAUAUGCAUGUGUGUUAAUGUGCAUGAAUCUGUGUAAGUAUGUAUGUGGUAGUGUAUGUGCAUACAUCCAAGCAGUCAAACUCCAGCACAACAUACAAGCACACUCCUGCAAUCGAACACAAAAAUUACAUACAAACACACCUCUGCAUUCAAACAAAAAAAACAUGUAAACACACUACUUUACUCAAUCACAAAUACUUUACACAAAUGUUCAUCCGCAUUUAAAAAUGAACAUUACAUUCAGACACACCCCUGCAAUCAAACGCAAACAUUACAUACAAACACACCCCUAUAUUAACCCCUUAAGGAUACAGCUUCAAAAGCUUGUCUUACUCAUAAGGACACAAGCCAUUUUUGCAUUUGUUGCUGUUUGUGUUCAAACGCAAUUUGCAUCUUUGUCAUAUAUUGCACCAACACAUAUUAUAUACCGUUUUUCAGAGGGCAAACGGCUUUAAUUUUAUGUCACAUAUACAUAGAUACAUUCUCAUUAAUUAUAUAAAAGUUUUUUCUUCAGUUUUGGCAAUAAUAGCAUGUGCAUAAUAUGUGCCGCUUAGAAAAAGUAAUUCAGAACAAAUUAAUUUGUGUCUUGGUUUAUAGAGUACAUAAUAUGUGUAGGAUUUCAGCUUAUUUUGAAAGUUACAGGUCACAAAAUACAAGCACUAAAAUAAAAUUUUAAUGUGAAACAAUUUUAGAAGUUGGUAUGUUUGUCUUGUAGGUUUAGUAGCCACCACAGAAAACAACAUUGCCACACAAAAGUAUAUAUUUAUAAAGAAGACAUCACAGGCUAUUUACCUAAGGUUAAUUUGACACUUUUUUUACGUAACCAUUUCAUCACCAAUCUCUGCUAAAUAUUGGAGUAAAAUUGUGUUUUUUCUCUAUUUUGGCAUAUACACAUAUAAUAAGGUUUUUGUAAUGUGUAUUUCGUAAAGCUGGUGUGUGCUAUUCCUGCCCAGAACCCCAUAUUGUGGUCAGCUACAUCUGCUGAGUAGAACGCUAUCCCCAUUUUAUGCCUUUGACACUAUUCUGUGAAGCUACAAUGCUAUAAAAUAGACAAGGCUAUUUUAGUUUCUAUAGUUAGAAUUUUCGUAGAUGGAUUUGACGGGCCUAUGUCACAUAUUAGGGUAUUAUAACAGUGUGACUGUUCAAAUAACCCCACAAAGGGCUUUCAUUUGACAAAGCAGACACCCCAGGGUAUCUUAUGUGGUUUAAAUUGUGCCUUAAAUUGUCACUAUUAUUUCACCAAUUUAUGUCAAUGUUUGUGGUGGGGGAGGGGGAGGGGAGAACGGCAUUUUUACAUGCAUGUUGCAUUUUUGCUGACUAUUUCUUACACUUUAUAUGCACCACUGUCAUAAACCUCCCCAAAUUAUGCUCAGUUACAUCUUCUGAGUAAAAUAAUAUGCCCAAUGUAUGACCCAGACUCUAUUUUGUGAAGUUACAGUGCUGUAAAAGAGACAUCACAAGUUAAGGUUUUUUUGUUUUUUUUUAAUUCUUUAUUUAUUCCAAGGUAAAACCCCAUAAUAAAGCAUACAUUACAACAUGUUUAUAAACACCAUUACAAAGACACGUCAAUAUGAAUACGAGGCAGACAUAUGUGUAAGCUCAUAGAAACAAACUAAGUACGUGCAGCAGAAUGUUGCGUGUCAGCUGCUGAAGUCUGUACAUCAGUGGUGUCUCACCAGGUUUUUUGAAAAAGAAUAAAACAGUGAAAGCUUACCAACCAUUGUGAGUAUAUCUCCAUCCAGUGCCUAGGUUUGUCAACCUAUACAAUGCGCUAUUGAGAUCUUAGUGAUUAGGAUAGCUAACCCGUCUUUCAGUUUCACCAGUGUUGCAUUACCAUUUUAGCAAUAUUAAAACUUAUUACAUCCCGUGUCUCAUCUCAGUAGAGGUGAUGCUCUCGCAAUAUUUGUGGUCGAGGUGUAAAUGUCAGUCAGAGUGAAGGAGAAUGUAGUGAUAGAUGUGAAAGAAGUAGAUGAAAACUUAAAUAGGAAAGAGAAAAAGAAAGGAGGGGAGUUACGGGAGGGAGUGUUACAGGGAGUUACCGGUUAUGGCGAUCGUAGGUCCAGGCGGCCUAGUUACAGUGUGGCUACAUAAUGUUUAGACGUAUCAUAUCGUUCAUGGGGCGGGCCAUACCAUGCGGGCUUUCAGUCGACCAUCUAUAUAGGAGAGCGAGUUGGGUGAUUUCAAUGUUUUCAUAGGUCAUUUAUAGGAAUAGGGAUACGAUGGGGAGGAUGGCGAUGACUAAGUACUUUUUAUAUGGUCUCGCACUAUACGUAUUUUAUAAAGUAUGUCUAUAAGGGCCAUUUCCGUUUCUCUUAUGUUUAUAGAGCGCGCUUGAUUUAGUAAAGUUCACCCUGUACCCGGACCGCGGCUUACAUAUCUAACGUUCGUUAGCGCUGCCAUUGACUCCUUUGGAUGGUCAACGGAUCCCGACACCACAUACUGCUGGCCCCUGACCGUAAUUCUCUUAAUAUCCGUGUUACUUCGAAUUGUUUGUAGGAGGGGUUCCAAAGAGAGAGCGAACAUUAGGGGCGAUAGAGGGCAGCCCUGCCUGGUUCUGUUCCCCAAACUGAAAGGCACCAUUUUUGCUCCCGAUGUCUGGACCCAGGCCUUGACGUCUGCGUACAUAGCGCAAAUCGUGGUGGUAAACUGAGUCGGGAAGCCAAAGUGUCAGAGUACCUCAAAUAGAUAAGGCCACUUUACCCUAUCAAAGGAAUUCUCGGCAUCGAGUGACAAUAUCAAGGUCGGAUUCCCCCUAGCGGUCUGCCACCAAAUGAGAUCAAUGCUUUUUUAAAGCUUAUUUUAAAACUUUUUUUAACGUUAACUCCUAGCUAGCCUAACAACAAAUCCACCAAUUCCCCACUAAUUUCCACCCACCCCAGCUAGCUAAAUAUUUAACUUAAAAAUAUUUACAUUAAUUUAAAAACUAAUUUUAACCCCUGAGGGUGUAAAAAAAAUCAGAUGACUAAAAUCUAGCCCCUGCCAAGUGAUCACUGUAGUCAGUGAUAAUUUGGCGGUGUAACGGACCGUUUCUCUCACAAGGGGAUAAAAUCGGUUUAGGCGAUAAUCCCCUUUCCCAUAGACCAGCAGCUAUUGCAAUCACCAACUUCCCGAACUCCAAACUGUACGAAUCCCCAACUCACGAACAAGAAAUACACGAACUCUGGAAGCAGCCGAACAGGAAAAGCAAUACGAACGGCUUACACUCCUGGCAGUCAGCACACAAUCCAAUUCCCCCAAUAACGAGACGACACUUCGUUUUGAGGGUUAAGCAGAAUCUCUGGUGCUGGCACACCCAGCCUGGUUUUUAUUACAGUCUUGCAAAUACAGGACCGCCCACAGGGAGGUAUAAAACAACCAAUCAUAUCACAGUUACAUCCCACAUAUUCCCUCCCCUUAUCCUGAGAGGAAACUCAAUUAUACAUACAGUUAAAACAUACUUUCUACCCAACUUUCAUAACUCUAAAACCAUACAUCACAUUCACAUAAAAUUACAUAUGCACAAUCAAUCCAUUCAGGGGAACAACAUAUUCAAAAAAUGGCACAAAUCAGACAAGGGGUUCAAAAGUUAGUAAAAAGUCCUUUGUGACUAAAUGAAGCAUGGCUUUCUGGCCCAAACCAGUUUCAGAGUCUUCUAUCCUGGAGAUAAGUAAUUCAAUUAUCUCCCAGGAUAGACACAAGACUCCAUUAAGCACAUGGUUGCAAAGAGACACCAAACACUUUAAAAUACAUAAAGUCACAUUUAUACAUAAAACACAGACAUUUCACAUAUCCCCAGAUAGCUCAGGUCUGAGCGCACAUUAUUAAGUGAAUGACGCUCAGACCACACGAAUACAGUUUAAUCGCCAUGGAGCCAAAGUCUUUACAGUCAGUUUCAUACAAAUGGGCUCCAUAGGAUUCCUAUCUGGGGUAUAACACAUUCAAACACAUCUACCGAACCCCAGGCAGAAAAGCACGAAUACAGCUUUUCUGCAGGCAAAAAUAAAGUCUUUUAAAAGGGGGCCAUAGGCAGAUGGCAGGAGGCUGGCAACCAGGCUUCUCCAGUGCACAGUGGCGAGGUUGGUUUCGCCACACUUCUCCCCUUUACCAAUCAGACUAACAGGGUAUCUGACCUCCUGCCGGUCAGUGCCCUUGUUAGUCCAGCAGCCCACCCACAAAACACAAUCAGUAAUACAGCCCACCCACAAUAACUGGCUACUACACCUGGGUAAAGGAGAACUUUGUCCGUGUCCAGGUGCCUCACCAUGGCUGUGUGGGUGACUGGUCAGCGUACUGGGUGGGUUGCUGAGUGGGCAGAGACCAGCGGUACUCGGUCCUGGUGCCAGCACUACCACGGGAGUAGUCUGGUUGGAGCCUGGUUGCUGGAGGGGGGGACAGACUGUCUCCCCUUUGCCUAAACAGUCCUGCUGCCGGGGGACAGGACCGACUGUUCCUACCCCCGGUGGUGCAUGUGCAGAGACCACUGUCCCCUCUGCACUGUUGUGGAGAUUACUGUCUCCCCUUGGUGGGCUAAGCUGCCGCUGGGGAGAGGGGGUAACAAGCUCCUCUCCCAUACAUACUUUCAGCCGCUGGGGGGAGGGGAUAACAAGCUCCUCUCCCUGACACUCUCUCUGCUGUUGAAGGGGGAGACCGACUGUCUCCCCUUUCAAUAAUUUGUCCUGUUGCUGGGGAGAGGUGAUAGCUGGUUCCUCUCCCUGGAACACUCUCUGCUGUUGGAGGGGGGGGACCAACUGUCUCCCCUUUUAAUAUAUUGCCCUGCUGCUGGGGAGCGAGACCGACUGUCUCCGCUUCCUGCAGAACACACUGCCGCUGGGGAGGGAGGACGACACCUUCAGCUCCCUGGGGUACACACUGCCGCUGGGGAGGAAGGACGGCACCUUCAGCUCCCUGGGGUACACACUGCCGCUGGGGAGCAAGGAUUGCACCUUCAGCUCCCUGGGAUACACACUGCCGCUGGGGAGGAAGGACGGUACCUUCAGCUCCCUGGGAUACCCACUGCCGCUGGGGAGGAAGGACGGCACCUUCUGCUCCCUGGGACACACACUGCCGCUGGGGAGGAAGGACGACACCUUUGGCUCCCUGGGACUCACACUGCCGCUGAGGAGGAAGGACGGCACCUUCUGCUCCCUGGGGUACACACUGCCGCUGGGGAGGAAGGACAACACCUUUGGCUCCCUGGGACACACACUGCCGCUGGGGAGGAAGGACGACACCUUCAGCUCCCUGGGGUACACACUGCCGCUGGGGAGGAAGGACGGCACCUUCAGCUCCCUGGGGUACACACUGCCGCUGGGGAGGAAGGACUGCACCUUCAGCUCCCUGGGGUACACACUGCCGCUGGGGAGGAAGGACUGCACCUUCAGCUCCCUGGUAUACACACUGCCGCUGGGGAGGAAGGACGACACCUUCAGCUCCCUGGGAUACACAGUGCCGCUGGGGAGGAAGGACAACACCUUCAGCUCCCUGGGAUACACACUGCCGCUGGGGAGGAAGGACGGCACCUUUGGCUCCCUGGGGUACACACUGCCACUGGGGAGGAAGGACGGCACCUUCUGCUCCCUGGGACUCACACUGCCGCUGGGGAGGAAGGACGACACCUUUGGCUCCCUGGGAUACACACUGCCGCUGGGGAGGAAGGACGGCACCCUUGGCUCCCUGGGACACACACUGCCGCUGGGGGGUAAGGACUGCACCUUCAGCUCCCUGGGAUACACACUGCCGCUGGGGAGGAAGGACGACACCUUCAGCUCCCUGUAAUACACACUGCCGCUGGGGAGGAAGGACGACACCUUCGGCUCCCUGGGACACACACUGCCGCUGGGGAGGAAGGACGACACCUUCAGCUCCCUGGGAUACCCACUGCCGCUGGGGAGGAAGGACGGCACCUUUGGCUCCCUGUAACUCACAUGGCCGCUGGGGAGGAAGGACAACACCUUUGGCUCUCUGGAACUUACUCAGCAGCUGGGGUGUCUCCCCCCUGGCCGACUCUGCUAGGGCUUGCAGGUACUCUCCUAUUGUUUUCUUGGCGAUCCGCACUGUACUCUCCGCGGGGUUGGGUCCACAGAGCGACAGCACCGCAUUAACCUCUCUGUCAAACUGCUCUUGAGUGUAGCCAGGCGCCAUGCUUCCUCUGCUGAAGUUGGUUCCUUUGUAGAUAGGGUCGCUGUACGGGUACUAACGUUGCCCUCAAUUGUAAUCCAGGCACUGGUGUUGUCUUGUAGCUGUCCUUCUGGUUGUAGGAACGAUCCCGCCGCUGCCACCAAUUGUAACGGACCGUUUCUCUCACAAGGGGAUAAAAUCGGUUUAGGCGAUAAUCCCCUUUCCCAUAGACCAGCAGCUAUUGCAAUCACCAACUUCCCGAACUCCAAACUGUACGAAUCCCCAACUCACGAACAAGAAAUACACGAACUCUGGAAGCAGCCGAACAGGAAAAGCAAUACAAACGGCUUACACUCCUGGCAGUCAGCACACAAUCCAAUUCCCCCAAUAACGAGACGACACUUCGUUUUGAGGGUUAAGCAGAAUCUGAGGUCCUGGCACACCCAGCCUGGUUUUUAUUACAGUGUUUUCAAAUACAGGACCGCCCACAGGGAGGUAUAAAACAACCAAUAACAUCACAGUUACAUCCCACAUAUUCCCUCCCCUUAUCCUGAGAGGAAACUCAAUUAUACAUACAGUUAAAACAUACUCUCUACCCAACUUUCAUAACUCUAAAACCAUACAUCACAUUCACAUAAAAUUACAUAUGCACAAUCAAUCCAUUCAGGGGAACAACAUAUUCAAAAAUGGCACAAAUCAGGUAAGGGGUUCAAAAGUUAGUAAAAAGUCCUUUGUGACUAAAUGAAGCAUGGCUUUCUGGCCCAAACCUGUUUCAGAGUCUUCUAUCCUGGAGAUAAGUAAUUCAAUUAUCUCCCAGGACAGACACAAGACUCCAUUAAGCACAUGGUUGCAAAAGACACAAAACACUUUAAAAUACAUAAAGUCACAUUUUAUACAUAAAACACAGACAUUUCACAUAUCCCCAGAUAGCUCAGGUCUGAGCGCACAUUAUUAAGUGAAUGGCGCUCAGACCACACGAAUACAGUGUAAUCACCAUGGAGCCAAAGUCUUUACAGUCAGUUUCAUACAAAUGGGCUCCAUGGGAUUCCUAUCUGGGGUAUAACACAUUCAAACACAUCUACCGAACCCCAGGCAGAAAAGCACGAAUACAGCUUUUCUGCAGGCAAAAAUAAAGUCUUUUAAAAGGGGGCCAUAGUCAGAUGGCAGGAGGCUGGCAACCAGGCUUCUCCAGUGCACAGUGGCGAGGUUGGUUUCGCCACAGGCGGGGAAGGGGUUAAUUUUAUUAAAGCAGGGUAAAGGGUGGGUGGGAUUGAAUUUUUUUUUUUUCUUUUUUUACACAAGAUGAAGAGGAUCACUGCUGAUUCGUCUCUCUGCACUUCACACUGACCGUGAAAGAGCAGGGAUGCGGAUCGUGAGUCCCUGCAGCACAUGUGCUCGCGCUGACAGCCUGUCAGAGCGAUCACUGCUGCAGGGGCAGCUCGAUCGUGUGAUCCCGGUCUGCCUCAAAUACAGAGGCAGACCAGGUGAGCGUUAACCCCGCCAUUGUGGCGAUCUGGCGUUAACUUUAGUAAUUUUCUGCCACGGGUCUUUAACGCAAGGACAAGCUUGAUGGAAAAUUUCCAUCUUUGGUCGGGAAGGGGUUAAAACACAACUAUAUACAAGCACCCCUUCAAACACCAACACUGUACAUUACACUAUAGCGCCAGUAAAUGCUUCAGCUCUCUACAGAUAUACAACCUAGAAAUUUUGACUUGGGGUGCCUUGGAAAAAUACAGGAAUAUUUAAGGGUGCCUUGAACCUAAAAAGUUUGGGAACCACUGGAGUAGACGGUGUUAUCAGCACUAUAAGUAGGUGGAGAUUCAUUAUGUGGGCUAGACAUAGUGGAUAAUAAGAUAAUAACAGAUACCGACUGGGGAAGCCCCCACCACAGGGCGAAACACGUAUCGGACCUACUAGCCAUCGGGUUGUGCCAAUAUUGGACAUAUUUGGACUUUUACCAAUUAAGUAUUUUACGUUAUUGCACACUGUGCAUUUUGUUUUACUUUCUUUCACUAAAUAAAGCCUUUUUUAUUAGAGAUCUCUCAUAUCAUCAUUAUUCAAUAAUUUUUAAAGGCUACACAAGGACCAGCUAAAAGAAGGAUGGGGACAUCCUAUUAAGGGUCCCUCUGCAUUACCCUAAGAUUUGGCUCCAUGCUUGUGAGUACCUGCAACCUAAAAGACCUUUACACUAUUCAUAUUGGCAAUAUUGCACUAUGUUAAUUUAGUUUUUCCUUAUAGAAUCACCAGAUGUGUGUUCCACCUACUGUAUGUAUUUUUUAUAAUUCUUUAGAGUGGUAUAAGGGGUUCCCACUCAGGUGGUUUGUAGCAAUUAGGCAUGUGUCAGGUGUAUCACGCAUUUAUCAUAGCAUGUGACUUAUUUUCUACAAAGCCUGUUCCUUAUUUUUAUUGCACAUAAUAUUUUACAAAUUACAUUUAAAAUUCACUUCUGAUUCACAAAACGUCACACUUUGGUGAAUAAACCUGUAGGUCAAGCAUACUAGUAAAUCUGUCUUCUUGCAUUUAUUUGAAAAAAAAGCACAUAAGUGUGUGUGUGUGUGUGUGUGUGUGUGUAUGUAUAUAUGUGUGUGUGUAUAUAUAAUAUACACACAUGUGCAUUAUAUCUGUAAUAUCCGUGAGUUCUACACUGAUUUAAAAUGGGAAAUCAAUGUGGCCUGGGCGGCCGGGCCCGUGACAACUGUUAUGGUUGUCAUCCCCUGAUGGCGGCCCUGAGGCACCCAUAGUGGAUGGGUGAGGUGCUCAGCCCAAUAGUAAUCUGAUCUGGAUUCUAAAUCUAAAUAGAAAAAAAAGUGAAAUUAGGGCAAACCAAGAACAAGCAUUGGGGUUCCCCAUUUACCGUGUCUUCGGGGGGGGGGGAGACCAAGCCAGCGUUGAGAGACCUUGUCGCUGGAAUACGAUAAGUGAAAGAGGGGUUUUAACAAUUUCAUGACUGGGGGAAGGCAGGAGGACAUUAUAGUGUUAGGUGUACAGUUUUGUAAUAGUUUUUAGUUCACCAAUUUUAAUGCAAAUAAAAUUGGAACUGUGCCUAUUUUUCAACAUGAUUACACCUUUUAAGGUGUGGUUUUAUUUCUGUAUCAACGUUUUUAUCAUAGCAUGUGACUUAUUUUCUACAAAGCUUGUUCCUUAUUUUCUGAUUUUACAUAAUAUUUAACAACUACGGCACUGAAUUUAUAUUUAAAAUUCACUUCAGAUCACAAAACUUCACACUUUGAAUAAACCUGUAGGUGAAGCAUAAUGGUUAAUUUGUCUUCUUGCAUUUAUUUGAAAAAAAGCACAUCAGCAGUAUGCCUAUGCAUUAUUAAUCUGUGGUCAGCAAAUUAUUUUGAAGCCUAUAUAUGGGAAGGCAGUAAAGCUUCGAGUUGUGAGAGGGGCUUGCUGGGUAACAUAUACUCGUCUUGGUGUGAGUAUAGCGUGGGACUCUGUCACUUUUUUCAGCCUGGUGCAUCUGUGAGUAAGAAAGCUGGAACACUGCAGUGAUUCUUUCCAUAGAUCCGUAAUUUUCUGGAGAAUUGGACAAGGGGAGGUUUCACCACUGUACGAAUUCAGUAAUACAUUUAGCAAUCCAGAUUUGCUGUCAAGUGGGCAAGGGAGCAGGGAAGAAGUAUCAGUCCAGUUGUCGUGACAAACAUAUCAUUGGUUACAAAAACAAAACGAAAUUACUUGCACACUAAUCCCUAAUCCUUAUGCACAUUUAAAGGAACACUAUAGGGUCAGGAGCACAACCAUGUAUUCCUGACCCUAUAGUGUUAAAACCACCAUCUAGCACCCCGGCCCUUCUUGCUACCCUAAAUAUAGUAAAAUCUUACCUGUAUUAAAGUCUGCCCCUGAACUGCCUCUGUCUGCUGACAUCAUCAGAAGUGGUGGUCUGAGCUAAUCACAGUGCUUCCCCAUAGAAUUGGCUGAGGCUGUCAAGAGGCAGAUCAACGGCAGAGCCAGCACACGUCGAAUACAGCACUGCCCAUUUAGCAUCUCCUCCUAGAGAUGCACUGAAUCAAUGCAUCUCUAUGAGGAAAGUUCAGUGUCUGCAUGCAGAGGAUGGAGACACUGAAUGGCAAUGCUGCACACAAGGCAGGACUGCCCCAGGAAGCACCUCGAGCAGCCAUCUGAGGAGUGGCCAGUGGAGUUAUCACUAGGCUGUAAUGUAAACAUUGCAUUUUCUCUGAAAAGACCGUGUUUACAGCAAAAAAGCCUGAAUGGAAAUAUUCUACUCACCAGAACAAAUACAAAUACUGGAAGUUGUUUAGUGUCACUCCAAUAGCCAUUCAAGUGCAAGCUCACCUGCCACGUCAAGGCAAAACCUCUUAUGCUAACAAUUCACUAUAGUCACCAAAACAACUACAACUUAAUGUAUUUGUUCCGCUGAGUACAGUCAGUCCCUGUAGCCUUUUUGCAAUAAACACUGUCUUUUCAGAGAAAAUGCAGUGUUUACAUUUACAGCCUAGUGAUAACUUCACUGGCCACUCCUCAGAUGGCUGUUAGAGGUACUACUUGGGGCAGUGCUGCACAUUGUGUCCACCCUCUAUAAGGAGAUGCCAAUUGGCCAGAGCAGUGUCUGGCCUCGCCCCUGGCACACCCCCUUGGCAAUAUCAGUCAAUCCAAUGUUUUCCUAUGAGAAAGCAUUGUGAUUGGCUGAGAUCAUCACUUUUGAUGAUGUCUGCCAAGGAGACAGAGCCAGCAGACUGGAAUAAAGGUAAGACUAAAUUUAGGUGGGAAAGUGUGGGUCAGGGGGACUAGAUAGUGUUUUCUAACACUAUAGGGUCAGGAAUUCAUGUUUGUGUUCCUGACCCUGUAGUGUUCAUUUAAGUUGUCCUAUGGAACAGUAUUUUUGGGUUAUCUUUGAUGCCUGGGCAGUUUGAAAGGGAGAUCACUGGGCAACAUAACAACAAUCUAAGCACUGAGACCACUUCAUCUGAAUCCCUGAACUUGACCACUGAUCAGUAAGGACACUUUUAUAGCGGUUUUUGUCCUUUUGUAACAUAUGUUUUCACUUCCUCAUUUUCUCUUCAUUUGUUAACCCACACAUGGCCCUCCACGUUUUUGUUUCCUUACUUUUGCACAUUGUCCUAAGUUCAGCACUUUUUGUUGCUUUGUAUUUAGAACUGCCAGAUUCAAAUUUAAGGUUAAAAUAGCCAAACUAGAAAAUAAUCUCUAAGCCAGCUAUGUAUUCAGUUCGGCUGUUGUUGCCUUAUAUUUGAAUUUUAUUUUGAAUUUUCACUUUAGUAAAUAGUCCUGUGCAUUUAAUCUGCGUCUAUCUGCAUGUGUAUAUAUAUAUUUUAUUAUUACAGAAUCUAUAUGCCUAAAGCAUAUUUAAAAUGAACCAGUCAUCCAUUGUAGACAUUUGACUAAAUCUCCGCCAAAUACAUUGAAUACAACAUAUAUCAUGCAAGAGAUGCAUUAAAUAUUUAGUUUAAAAUAUAGAGAUAUACCUGUCAGAAUUCGGUGGCGCUUUUGCUACCAGCAUUUUAUUUGCAUGCAUGCUGGCUUCCUAGCGUACUUACGUCAGUCACUCCAUUCCCAUACUCCCUAGCCAGCGCUAGCACAGGUGACUAGGGAGCUAUCAAAGCAACUACAUCACAUGCGUUGUGGUGUCAGUGUGUGGAAAGCAGAAGGUCUAUUCUGCUCUUUCUAUCGGCCAAUUGUUUGACAUAGUCUAUAUUGAGGAAUUGAGGGACAGAUGUUAGAAAUUAUAUAGUUUUCUCCCAAACGAUAGAUUCCCUAGCAAAACUGUUAACACAAUGUAUUGAUGGCAGUUUUAGCCUCUUUAAAAAGAGCUUACGGUAGGUUGUACAUGACAUGACACGUAGGUAACCUUUUAAACAUAAAACUGUGCAAUUAUAUUUUAAGGUACUUAUGAAACAAGACAUAUGUUCUUCAUCUCGUUCCCCUAAAACUGAAAUUUCCAUUUUAAUGCAGUAACUUUUAAUGCUCAUGGUACAACAUUAAGUAACACAUUUCUUUUAUAAUAAAGCUGCUAGCUUUGGUACCAGUAACUUGUUUUCUCAGAGUUUAGUACAAAUGGGCCCAAUAAAUCUUCUCUUGCAAAAUGAAUGCCAUUUUAAAUAAAUCUCUAAAGAUUUCUAACUGCAUCCUGUAACCGGAGCUGAAUGAUGUUUUUUGACCCCCAAGUAGAAGGAAUCCCCCACAAAGCUAACAUGUGUUGUUUAAACAGGUCAGUCAUGUUUUUAAUAUUUCUUGAGGAGGUUUAUUCACUAAACUGUUCAUUAUUUACUAGUAAAUUAAAGCAUAAACAGGAAAAAGCUUAUGCUUUUUUAAACCGGUGCUUGUUUGGAGACUUGCCCACGACAGAAUGGGAUGUUGGGCCCCAUCCUCCCUCCAUGCCGCCUGCUAGGCCGCACUGGAACUCUGCUUCUGGAACGGCUUAGUAGACCGCUGGAUGUGCCUCCAGAAGGUCAAUCGGUUUGUGUAGCCAAGAUUAUGUAGCACGUUGCACAAUUGCCGCUCUAUCAACCAAAAAAAUUAGUUUUGCUCAGUGUGACCUCGAGAGACACAUCCAGUCGCCAUGAUAGUCAGGCCCCGCCCCCCACUGGCACUGUACUUUAAUCAUGCAGAGUGAACCGCAUUUACAUGCAUGACCGAAUUUACUUGUCAGGUGCCUGUAGGCCCAAAAUUCUAAGACGACCCCCGAUACCCAACCCCAAAGUAAGUUUAAUUUAUUAACAUUAUUGAAUGUUUACAUUGUGGCAUAACUAGAAAUAGUUAUCAGACUAAUUUACACAUUGCAUGGCUGAUGGAAUAAGUUGAGUUGAGAACUACAUAAAUCUAAGUCCUCACAGAGUCUUCUGUUUUUAGGUUUCGCUACUAUCAAAAUGUCUGUACCUCAAGUUAUUCCUUUGUGUGGUGGAACUGGACUCGAUGGGAGAAGGAGAUCGACUGGAUGGCCCUCAAUGGCAUCAACAUGCCCCUUGCAUUUACUGGUCAAGAGGCAAUUUGGCAACGGGUAAGCAAAUAAAUAUUUUUCUUCCGGUUAUAACAAGACAUCCACAUUUCAUUAGUUCUUCUCACUGAGCAUUACUUAAUCCUUUGUUUAUCAUUAAUCUUUUUUUUUUUUUUAAAUUCAUGUACAAUUUAAAAAUGUAUUUACGCAUUUGAUCAGUCUUCUACUAAACUAGAUCUGGUGUUGCUUAACCCCUUAAGGACCAAACUUCUGUAAUAAAAGGGAAUCAUGACAUGUCACACAUGUCAUGUGUCCUUAAGGGGUUAAGGGAUACUAUAGACAUCAAAACAUCUUUAGCUUAUUAAAUCGUUUGUUGUGUAUAGAUCACGCUGCUGCACUCUCACUUCUCAAUUCUCUGCAAUUUAGGAGUUUCAUCACUGCACACCAAAACUGCUUCAUUAAGCUAAAGUUGUUUUGGUGCCUGUAGUGUCUGUUUAGGUGGAAUGGCGCGCACACACAAUGUAUGUGUCUUAUUAGUUUGUUCAGUUUUCCAUGCUGAACAAGAUUUGCUAUUGCUUCUGUGAAAUUGAACAUUUACCUUAAGGUAUGCAUUAUCUUUCAUGAAACCAGUUUUUGUUUUUUCAGGAUGUGAAAAUCUUUAUUAGUUCAGUUUUACAUUGUGAACAAGAUUUGCUAUGGCUUCGGUGGAAUCACACAGGCAUUCUUAAGAUAUAAGCCAUCUUCCAUCAAAACCGCUUUUUUUUUUUUUUUUUACCACAAAACAAGUGGCCUAUUUCGCCUGCAAUUUAAAAAUCUUUUUGUUCGAUUGUGAUAGGGAGAAAUAAGAGUAAAAGGUGUCAGAUAAGGAUAUUGCUGAUUUGGUACUACCUAACCAUCUCCUUACACAUUUCCUAAAACAACUUAAAGAAACACUUCAAGCACUAUAGCUUGUUGUAGUAGUUAUUGUGGCAAGAGGGCCCUACUACCCCAACUCCUCCCCCUUACCGGUGAUCUGCAGGGUGCGGUUCCCUACCUCCACUACUGCUCAGGAAAUUUAAUUGCCUCUUCUGAGCUAAAAACGGCAACGCACUGCUAGCUUAUUGGCUGAGAGCAUAAGUUGGGCCAAUGAGCACCCUGACCACUAGGCUUGGUUCGGUAAAGAGAGUUUCUGGAACUCACUGAGCAGUAGUGGAGGUGGCAAACGAUGCCUGGCUGUCCCCAGGUAACACUAGCAAACAUUCUAAAACGGUUUGACUCCUGGCACCAUAAACAGCAUGCUGUAGUGGUUAUGGGGCUUGGUGUCUAACUUUAAUAUGUAAUUUAUGAUCAAUUACAAAUCUUCAUUGCUUUAGAAGCUGUUGCACAUUUAGAUGAUAUGAUCAUAAAGGUUUAUGGUUUACAGGUUUGCAAUGGUAAAAACCAUUGCAAAACAGGAGUGAUCUGAUGGCAAUCUGGAUCUGCAACAAAAUUAGAAAAUACGAGACACCCUAAAUAAACUCUUACCUCAUGACACACCUAGCUUUCAUUCCCGAUUUGUGUUAUUAAAUACAAUCGUACUUUACCGAAUAUUACAGCAAAUAUUGCUGUAAAGCAAAUUACAGGCAUAUUUAAUUGUAUACCUUUUUCUUUGUUGUAUUAAAGGGACACUAUAGUCACCUGAGCAACUUUAACUUAAUGAAGCAGUAUUGGUAUAUUUAUCAUAUCCCUGCAUUCUCACUGCUCAAUCCUCUGCCAUUUAGGAGUUAAAUCCCUUUGUUUAUUAACCCUAGUCACACCUCCCUGCAUGUGACUUGCACAGCCUUCCAUAAACACUUCCUGUAAAGAGAGCCCUAUUUAGGCUUUCUUUAUUGCAAGUUCUGUUUAAUUAAGAUUUUAUUAUCCCCUGCUAUGUUAAUAGUUUGCUAGACCCUGCAAGAACCUCCUGUAUGUGAUUAAAGUUCAAUUUAGAGAUUGAGAUACAAAUAUUUAAGGUAAAUUACAUCUGUUUGAAAGUGAAACCAGUUUUUUUUUCAUGCAGGCUCUGUCAAUCAUAGCCAGGGUAGGUGUGGCUAGGGCUGCAUAAACAGACAAAGUGAUUUAACUCCUAAAUGGCAGAGAAUUGAGCAAUGAAAUUGCAGAGGAAUGAUCUAUACACUAAAACUGCUUUAUUUAGCUAAAGUAAUUUAGGUGACUGUAGUGUUCCUUUAAAUACUACACUAUAAGUUUUUUUUUCUCUUUUUCAGUUUUACUUCCUUUUAUACUGUUGCCAUAUAACGAAGUAUCCAGAUAUCUGUUGUUGGGAACGCUUGUAUUUCAGAUACCCGUUCAGUUUUAGUUCCUCCCGAACAGCUAAAGGCUGAGUGAUUAUAGCUCGCAGUUCGGUUGUUGAUUCGAAGAAGAAAAUGCAGUAUCCAAGUAAAUUCUCCAAGCAAUCAGACGUAUACCCAAACAUCAGCCUAAACUACAUGAAUGAUACAACAGGAAGGCAUUUAUUACAAAAGUCAUAUCCCCUGAUAGCCCCGAUCUGGGGGACAAACCUAUCCAAAAAUCACCUAGAUUGGUUCAGGUGUUCGGGAUUUCCAUGAAAGUCAUAAUUUGACCGACUGCACACAUGGCUCCUGCCCAAAAGAGUUCCAGAGAAUCAGGGCUUGUGGUCAGUCUAGUUUGGCUGUUUAAAAACCGAACAAACUACCGAUCAUAGUCAGUCGUCUUACCCUGGAGCUUGUUCCCCUCAUCCAGACGAACACUUCCACCGAACCGUGUCCUUCUAAGUUGUGUUGAACCGAACGCAGGCGAUGAUGGCAGUCUAGCGGUGUUCGGGAGUAACUAUGUCCAAUUUUUUGUUCCAGGAACUCGACGACCAAACACCGCUGUCUGCUUUCAUGCGAACAGCGGCCACCCAGACAAACAAUUAGAACACUGCGGUUAGAAUCGUUACCAAGUGUUAAUAGGGUUUAACAAGCUCCCAGGUGGUCUCUGGUUCGUGCAGCUUUUCGGUUGCCGAGCAACAUAAUCCCAAUUGCACGAACAGAGCCUUUUUAAAGUAUAUUAGCCAAGGUCUAUUGCAGGGGCCAUAGUCCUGAGGCAAGAGGCUGGCCAGCAGGCCCCUCCAAGAACCAGUGGCGAGGUUCAGUUCGUCACAUAUGUCAUCGAACACAUCUACUCCAGGUAACAAACAAACCUAUAUAUACCUUGCACAUUAAGGUUGUGUUGUGUGGUGGCACAAUUUAAUACCACUUUGUUUGCGCCUAAUAAUUUAUAUACCAUUUUCUGCACGUUUAGUAAUGUUUUUACUACUACUGAGCAUAGGUUGGUGCAAAUCGAGGCUUGAUUGACAUUAUUCAUUGUACAUACACUGCUGUGUGUGAGCUAACGAUCAACCUGGAUCUCCCACAUUGUUUGUAUGUAUUAUAUGAACUCUCUAAGGGUGUGUGUUGAUUGUAUUAGAAAAAGGAGGUGAGUGAAAGGGUGUAUGUCUUACACAACAUUUUGAUGUGCAUAUUUUUUUUUUUAAAACCAUUAUUUUAUUCUUUUAUAUAUAUAAUUUUUUAUUCAUUCUCAUUUGUACAAACAUUUACUAAAGUACAUAAAACUUUAAGCCAAAUUAUCUGUUGACAUAAUUUUGAUGCGAACAGAUGUUUUAUUUCAUUUUUUUAAACUUUUUUUUCUGUCAGUGUAGCAGACUAGCUUUAGGAUUGUAAUCUUCUCCACUGUUAUCCUACUUUUACAGCCUAAUGUAACACAUUUAAUUUAAAGGAUCAUCAUAGGAUCAGGAACACAAACCUAUAGCGUUAAAACCACCAUCUAGCCCUCAUGCCCCCUUUGCCACCCUAAAUAUAGUAAAAUCUUACUUGUUUUCAAGGCUGCAGCUGUUGCCUCUGUCCUUGCUCUGACAUCAUCAGAAGUGGUGGUCUGAUCCAAUCACAAUGCUUCCCAAUGCUUGGCUGAGACUGUCAGUGAGGCAAAUCACGAGCAGAGCCAGCACAAGCCAAACACAGCCCUGGCCAAACAGCAUCUCCUUAUAGAGAUGCAUUUAAUUAAUGCAUCUCUAUGAAGAAAGUUGUCUCUAUGCAGAGGGUGGAGACACUGAAUGGCAGUGCUGCACAGUAAGCAGCACUGCCCCAGGAAGUACUUCUAACAGCUAUCGGAGGAGUAGCCAGUGGAGAUAUCCGUAGGCUGUAAUGUAAACAGUGCAUUUUCUCAGAAAAGACUGUGAUUACUGCAAAACGCCUGAAGGGAAUGAUCAUACUCACCAGAACAAAUACAAUCAGCUGCAUUUGUUCUGAUUUACAAGAGUGAUUAUUAAUAAAAAGAGAGUUGUGUAAGGUAGACAGAUUUCUUUUUCUUUGACUUUGCAUUUCUGUAAAAUAAAUGUUCUCUGGAUAAAUAUAUAUGAUCUCCCUCUAGUGGCCUGUUUAUUAAAGCUACAUUGUAAGGUUAACCCAAAGAUAGAUUUACCUGCAGCUAAUGUGACCAUGAUACCUAUUAUCACCCAAAAAAUAGGGGAGGGAUAUUGUUAAUAAAAAAAUAGUGUGAGGUGCACACGUCCCCUGGUUGAGUGUACGCUGCGUGGUGUAUGAUGGUCUCUCAGCAGUGGCCUAUGGUGUCAUAAUUUUUCCCUUCAACCAACGAUGCUGAUGCCAGUGGCGGUGGCUCAGCGAUCUGGAAGUUAUUCAAGACUCGUGGCAGCAGCUCUUCGUUGGAAGAUGCAUCUUAUCAGGGUGAAUUUAUAUUGACACAACUCCUUGCCUUUUUGUGUUUAAAGGAUGUAUGUUCACUUGACAAUGGGGACAGUGGAGAUUUAAUCCUCUAUCUGACAUAGACACCUGCAAAGCAAUUACAAGAGAUACAGAUCUCUGCAACAACUUGGAAGACUUCUCUGGGUCACACGUAAAGCUUUUAUGAGAGGGACCUUCAUAGAAGCAACCUUCAAGAAAACCCUAUGGGGUUAAUAUGACCAUCAAAGUUAGUAAAUAUGCCACCACUUACCAUGUUGCUGGCUGCUUACUGUAAUAACACACUAGUGACUGGGAAACUAUUCCAGCCCAGUCUGUGAUAAAACAUUAGUGGGACCUGGCACUUGAGUCUAUGCUCUCUCUUCUCAUGUACAGGAGAUCCUGUGUAUAGCCUGAUGGGGCAGGUUCAUGUGCUGGUCAGGCUCCCAUUAGACUAAAUACAGUGAUCCCAGAGUUCUGGAACCUAUGUUCUGUCCAGCAAACAAAAAACAGACAGUUAACAGACAGGUUAUGUACCCCCUCAGGCACUACCAUGUAGGUAGGUGCUUACUCUGCCUAAAGGGUAAAUCUGGCCCUGCAUUCAAUUUGGGUCAAACCAGUUUUACUUACUGAUACCUAAAGAGUCUUGGAUAAUGUGUUACCAUCCUUGGGUGUUAAUAUUGGUUUUGGGCUGGUUAUCCCAGAACUCACAGCUUAUCACUGCCUUUGAGGCUUGGAGUGCUUUGAUCAGAUAAUCUUUUGGAUCAUCAUAACUUUAGCAGAGCAGUAAUAUUUCCGGGCUAACUGCCUGAAAACAGUUUGCCACAAACUAUCGGACAGUGUCAAACACUCUCUCUGGACGAUGACUUGUUAUAGUGCUUUAAGUAUCCCUUUAUAAUAUGUUAUACAUUAUUGCUUUUAUGUAUGAAACACGAUUAUUAUAUUCCUUUAUUUCAGGUGUAUUUGACUUUGGGUCUGACCCAGUCAGAAAUUGAUGACUUCUUCACUGGACCAGCUUUUCUGGCUUGGGGACGAAUGGGAAAUAUUCACACUUGGGCAGGACCUCUAUCUUCUUCCUGGAUGAGCAACCAGUUGUCCUUGCAGGUAAAAUGAAUCCAUGCAAUCCCUUCUCAACUGAAACAUUACACAUAAAUACAAUCUUAGAAUGUUAAGACCUUUGUGUUUUGUGUUCUGCUGAACGCACUCUACCAGGGCCGCACUGGGAAGAAAAAUUCGGCCCGGGCAUUUUUCAAUCACUGCGGCCCCCUAAGAAAGGGGUGGGGCCAGAGAGGGUAUGUUUUGUCAUCACUAAUGACAAGCACGCCCCCUCUUAAAGUGAACAUGUUGAUUCAAUGCGCAGAGCCCUGCUGAAGAGCUUUAGCAUGAGAAAAAGGCCCUGUAUUUGUUCUGCGCAGCAGAUCUAAUAACAUGCUUGCACUGUGUUAGCUCGUAACUUGUCUCUGGUGUCUCCAUUAGUGGGAUACCAGAGGACAAAAGGGCCAGGAAAGCAUAUCAUGCAUGUGUUUGGAGCCUGCUUGUGGGAUUGUGUGUGUGUAGAGUGAGCUGAUUGUGGUGUGGUAUUGUGUAAAUAGAUCAAUUUCAUUCAUGUUUGUGGUGUAAUAUGUGUGGCUAGGGGCUGGAGAGAGUGUGUGUAUAGGGGGCAUAGUGUUAUAGGGGAUGUAGCGAGUGUGUGCAUACGGGCUGUAGUGUGUGUGUGUGUGUAGGGAUUGUAGAAUGUGUGUGUGUGUGUAGGGAUUGUAGUAUGUGGUUUUUUUUCUUACAAAGAAUGUAGUGUGUGUGUGUUCUAGUGUAUAAAGGAGAGAGAGCGAGAGUGUGUCCAGAGUUGGUUAAGGGAUCUAGCGUGUAUAUUGAGCUUGAGGGGUGCUGUAGUAUAUGUUUGGAAGUAUUGUCUGUGUGAGGGGCACAGUGUGUUGGGUGAAUAUGUUUGGAGGGGAGGGGGGACGGGACAUAUUUAAAUGUUUUUGUUUGUUUUUUAAUUAAAAACUUUAUAUCCCCUGUGCCACAGUCCCUGGAGGCCCUAGUGGUGAGUGAACACUAGCCUGAUGGGCUAGAGUUCACUCUCGCGAGAUCUGAGCAUUGCCGUGGUAACCGCGUCAACGCUCCGACCUUGAGAGAGGAACCCGGCAGAGCUGCAAGUAAGAGCUCCCCUGAGUCCUCCUCUCCCUCCCUCCCCAGCCAUCGGCCGCUUGACUGUGCCUGUGGGCUGGUGAGGGAGAUCUUUGAUCUCGCCACCGGCCCAUGAAGGCACACAGCAGGGAUAGCGCUUGGAUGGUGCCGGCUCUGCAUGGACCAACAGGGGAGAACACGUGAUCUCCCCUGCCGGCCUCUGCCCAUGGCCAUCGCGGCCCACCGGGCAUUUGCCCGAUGACCAGUCCGUACCUGCACUCUACGUUAUGAGUUUUAUUAAUGAGUUCAUUAUUAAAUGCUGUUUCUUCUUCACCAUCCUCUAUGCUGUGUGAUAAAGAAGGUAAUCUGACUUUCUUAAAUGGUGUUUGGGUGCAAAAGUUUCAUAGCACUUAAAGGGACAUGCUCGCUGCCCAACUGCAAAAUGUAAUUUAAUUGGGGAUAUAUUUAAAAACAAAUUGCAAAACCUGCAGUUCUCUUGUCUACACAGACUUUCUGUGGCUGUUCAUUUACAAACUUCCCAAUGCAGCUCAAUGAGAUGUCUUUGCAAGGCAGGUGCUCUGGGCAAUCGCUGUCUCUUCAGUUUAACUCCAUUUGAGAUAAACAACUAGAAAUAAAAAGGACCGGUUGUCUGAUUGUCAGCCAGGGGUGUAACAAUGUUAAAGGGGCACUCCCUUCCUUUCUUCCACGCCAAGGCAGGCAGGUUCUCUGGACAAUUCAAAUAACAAACAAAUCAGGAAGUAGCAGGACAGGUUGCUUGCUUAAAACAAGGGGGUGUAACAAGGUUAAUUUAGAGAAGUCCCAAUUUAUAUUGAAAUCUGCACUUUGAGGACACCCUCAAACAUAAAGCACUUCAGCAAGUUAAAGUGCCUUAGGAGUCUGGAGUGUACCUUUAACCUCAUCAGUAGCUAUCACUAUGCCACAGCUUAAAGGACAACUAAAGUCACCUAGACCACUUCAUUGCAAUGCAGUGGCCCUUUAGUUUUAACUUUGCAAUGUAAACAAUUGCAGUUUUGUAGAAUUAUAAUUCUUAAAAAAAAUAAAAAGACAGUGGGCACAACUAGUCUUCCACCCCAAUAUAUUUGUUCAUUAAAUGCCCAAGCAUGCAUGUGCACACCUGCGGUAUCAUGGGACAUAAAUUUGCCCAAAAGAUGUGCAGCAGAGUUCCUGGCCCCCUCUCAUCCAGCUCCCUGUCAGGCUGGGCCAAUGUCAAUAACAUGGCCUCGUUACCAAUAAUUACAGGAUCAAGGGGUGCAUUGUUUAACUCACUCAUGUGGUCCCCAACGUUGUAGUGCCCCUCCAUUUGUAUGCUACUGUUGGUGAGAAGUAAUUUUUCCUUUUUUCUGUGAGGAUCUAAAAAUAAUAUUUUUAUAAAAAUUAGCAAAAGUGUAUUUAAUAAUUUUAUUAUAUCAGAAAUUAAUAUAUAUUGGCACUGUUCCCCUUGAAUAAUUUAAUUUAAAGCUAUGAGCUACCCACUAUUUUUAACUCUUAUAGACCCUGGAGUAUGUUUUUAUUAGAGGUUUUGUAUUUCACACAUUAAUCACAAACUAAUUAUACAAAUAUAAUUUGUGACAAUUUAUGUAACAUGCGUGUUACAGUGAAUAUUUAGAUAUAACAUAAGUAUACAAUAUGGCCGUUUAACACAGUUCCGAUAGAAAUAGCAACAUUUAAAGUUGCAAUACGCCACUUAAGAAACUUAAACCAACAUUUAAGAAAAUGCUUUAGAGGAAGUAAGUAGGUUGUUGUUGUUGUUGUUUUUUUUUUUUUGGAUUCAUUUAAAUUAAAGAGGCUCGCAAAUAUAUCAUUUAUUUUGUUUCAUUUAAUCUCAGCACAAGAUUCUAGACAGAAUGAGGUCCCUAGGAAUGAUCGCAGUAUUACCAGCAUUUGCUGGUCAUGUGCCACAGGGUAUUGUAAGGUAAGGAAAUAACUGUGAAUUUUACCUUACCUCAUUCAUUUUAUUGUAUUGUUUAUUAUAUUAAUUGAAGUGUAUUUACAAAAAACAAACAAAAAUUAAAUGUUAUAUUAACACUUUUGAUGCCUGGCCUAUGGUCUAUCCCUUUUACAGGGCACAUUAAAUGUAAAUUAAACUCUUUGGUCAAUUCGAUGCAAUAUUAUUCGACAGAAAUUGGCUCUUAAAAAAACCUUGCAAUUUAAUAGUAAGUCCUAUCUGAUGGAUUAUUAUUAUUAUUACUGCCAUUUAUAUAGCGCCAACAGAUUCCGUAGCGCUUUACACUAUUAUGAGAGGGGGGAUUUAACUAUAAAUAGGACAAUUACAAGAAAACUUACAGGAACCAUGGGUUGAAGAGGACCAUGCUCAAAUGAGCUUACAGUCUAUAGGAGGUGGGGUAUAAAACACAUUAGGACAGGAAAUAAUCCAAUAAGGUGGGAGUGAAGCAGAGCUGGAGGAGAGCGUAAAGUGCUGCACUUUAGGAGAGAGCAAGAGACAGGUAUGUGAGGUAGAGUUUACUCUGGGAGGCCAUAAGCUUUCCUAAAGAGAGAGGUUUUAAGGCACUUCUUAAAUGAUUGAAGACUAGGGGAGAGUCUGAUGGUGGUAGGCAGGCUGCAAGGGAGCCGCGUGUGAGUUGGCCAUAUGGGUGUGAGCAGCAGACAGGAGGUGGUCACGGGCAGAGUGGAGAGAUCGAGAGGGGGGAUAUCUAUGGAUCUGUGAAGAGAUAAGAGGGGCUAGAAUUGUUCAGUACUUUAUAGGUAUGAGUUAUCACUUUGAAUUGACUCCUAUAGGAUACAGAAAGCCAGUGGAUGAGUUGUGUACCGCACUCUGUGUCCACAGCAAGGGAGAUCACAUGUGACGUCACCAGCUAUUCAUGUAUGCGAUGAAGACCCUAAUCUGGUCUCACUAUCUGCCCCCCGCUGCCAGAUCAGAUGCUGAUAGCAGAGCUCUGUCUCUGUAUUUGAUGUGAAUGACAGGUUGAUCACAAAGCUACAUCAGUUUGAUUUUAUUUUCUUAGCACUGUGAAUAUGGUAGGUCUAGUGGGGAGCUCCCCCAAAGGUACACUAUUGCUCUUUGGGUUGAUAAAACUACUUUGGCAAUGUGUCUAUUUUCGACACUUUGGAUAUAAUAUAGCAGGAAAGUGGAACUGCGCUCAAUCCCAUUUGAAAUGUAGCCGGGUGCAACCAGACCAGUCCCAGUACCAGGAACCAAAUAUGAUUGAUGAGUAAAAAUAGAAGAGAAGUCCAACCAGUUUGCGAUCUCUUGUCACAGAGUGCAGAGAGUACCUUUUACACUACAUUGCUUCCUGCACACAUCACGUUCGGUUCAGUGCAUUUUAGAGAGCUUUAUGUACAUUGUGGUUAUGAAGGUGGUUUCCUAUAAGGAAGAUGUACCAGCCUAUUUUUAAAGCUACAAUAUCAUUACAUGUUUUCAGAAAGUCAUUUUAUUAAUUAUAUUAUCUGCAUUGUUCCGUAGAGUAUUCCCUAAAGUAAACUACACUAAACUUGGAGCAUGGAGCCGUUUCAAUUGUACAUAUUCCUGCAGCUAUGUUCUGGAUCCUGAAGAUCCAGUUUUCCAGAAUGUAGGAGGACUCUUCAUAAAGGAGAUGAUUCAGGAAUUUGGGACAGACCACAUCUACAAUGCAGACACCUUCAAUGAGAUGAAUCCCACCUCUUCUGACCCAGCCUACUUGUCGGCAAUCAGUAGUGCAAUAUUUAAAUCGAUGACAAACGGUAAGAGAAUUAUCGAGUGAACAGUAUUUACUGUAAAAAAGGCAAAAUAUUCAUUGUAAUAAUAUUCCCCCUUUUCCCAUCUCACUAUGAAAGUGGGCUUUGUUCAUUAGUGAAGCUUUGUUAUAGAUUUAAACUGUAUUUUAUUGAAGUUUCCAAUUCCAAAAAGCAUCUGCGUCAAGGUAUAAGGUACAAGAGUAGGUAUAUAACAUAUACAACAACAUAUAUCAAUGUAUAGGUAGGUAGCGAUAAAUGCAUAUCCAUGUGUGGUGAGGGCCAUGCAUGGCGCUCUCUGGGACUUUGCUCAAUAGUGUGCAUGUAAGAAUAUUUUGACAUCAAUCUCGGACAUCAUUAUCAGAUAACAUUUAGGAACUGUUAGGACGGCUAUAUGUCAUACGGUAGUGUGUAAAGACUGUGCCAAUGUCAACAGGACAAUCUGCAGGAGCUAUGAAUAUUUAUUCAGUAACUAGAUGGAGUCGGGAGGGUCAGUCAUCUGUUAUGAAUGUAUCAUGUCAGCUUUCCCCUCAGGGGCGUUACAGCCAUAGGAGGCCCAAAGAAGGAAUGUAGCGAAGUUGUGUAGCCUAGGAAUGUCUCUUUGAAAAUUGCGGAGCGAGUAAGCCCCUCUUCGGCCCUUGGUUGGUUUUAGACUGUUGUGUCCGAUUGGCUUCGGCCCUGGUGUCUCUCUUAUCUUCAUCUUGCAGGUUCAGCUGUAGGAGAAAUAGCUGUUGGUCGUCUGAAGAGGACAUGGUAAGUGUCUGGUUUCCCCGUGGUACCACCAGGGAUCCAUCCGCCCCCUUCCCCCCACCGGUAUCUAAACCCCGCCUCCCUUAGCCAUUUGGCUGUUGGUGCCAGCUGUCCCUGUAGUGGGCACAGUGCUACACUCCAUUUGCACUGUGCCCAGGUCUCUGGAGCGGGACAUGAUAGCGGUGUGGGUUGUCAUAUCCUUCGUGAUGGCUAUUGUGUCUCUGGGUGCUUCGCCAGGAGCUGUUGCAGCCUUGCAGAUUCUGAACAUGGAGAGUAUCAAACUGGGCUCAGCGCCCCCUUUAAUGCUCAUUAUAGAUAAUAGGCAAUGAAUGUAGGGUAGUAGGGUGCCCCUUCAGUGCUCUCUGGGAUCCCCCCGAGGCGGACAUUUUGACGUCUAUGCCGUGCUUCCAUUGUAGUGACAGUCCACAUGAACUUUUGGACUUGUAAGGUGAGAACUGUCAUCGAGUCCUGGGAGUAUUUGGUACUCCCUUGCGCUUUCUCUGGACUCCACUGCUGUGAGCCUCUGUUGGAGGUUCCCUACCUCUGAGUGUUCAGCAAGUCAGCCUUCCACACCUCCCUCAUUUCUGCCAAGAGGUCUCUGAUAUCUUGUUUAGUCGCUGGGGAUAAGUCCUCCUCCGAUUCGGAGUCUUGGUAUUGGGCCAUUAUUUCAUCAGGAGAUGGGGUGAGACUCUCCCUGAGUUCUCAGAGGCUUCUUCAUCGCUGGGUGCCUCGGGUGCCAUUUUGGCGGAAGCCGGCAGAGUAGGCCUCGCAAACGAGAGUCGAAUAUCCAACAUUCUGGGUGUCUCUGGCAGGCGGAUCUUUUUAUUUUUGCGCCCCAUUGAUGUCUCUGUGUGUAAGGUGUGCUUGUGGCCACCGUUGGUCGCUGAUUAUCAGGGUUUUUGCCUAUUUUUUUUCAGCCGCUGGUACGGCGCUCCUCAGAAACCCAUCUGUCUAGCUGAGCAGCUGGCCACGCCCUUUUGCUAUGGAUUUUGAGGUUUGCUUGUUUUCUUUGAGAUUAUCAAUAUACUUUUAUGAUAAUCCAAGACCCAGAGCUUAGUAAAAUGACAAAAAGGAGGACUGGGGUGGGUGUUAUGGAACUGUAACACCCAUAGGCCCCAUCUGCUUCUAAUGCAAUUAAAUAUAUUAAUUUUUUUAAUUAAUUAUAUAUUUGUUGGUUUAGUAACUGUUAAAUGCUUAGGUGAAGCUGUUAGGUGAUAGGUUUGAUUUAAAGGGACAUUUCGGUCACCAUUACUUGUGAUGGAUUUCUUAUCAAUUAUUUUGUGCUGUUUUUUUUUUUGUUUUGUUUUUUGCAUGCUCAAAUCUUUCUAGUUUUUACACACAAAUUGCUAUGCAUAUUGCUGCACCAUAAGCAUUUAGCCUCUUUAGUCACAUACCCUCAUUCCAGAGUGCUGCAAAUCAGCCUGCAUUCGAAGGAGAGAACACCCAGGCAAACACAUAGUAAGACUAUCACUACCUCUCUGCUCUUCUCUGACAGUCUGCAGAUUACGUUUUGAUUAAAAGUUUGACUAUAUAACAAGCAUAAAAAUAAAAACAGUAUCAGCGCUUAGUUAAUAUACCCCUAUCUUACAUAUAGGGGUCAACUGUUGAAAUAUAUCGGACAGAAGAGUUCUAAUUUCAGUCUUAAUAUGGGAGUUUUCAGAUGUCCGUGACGGUUUUUGAUAGUUGUAAUAAACUAUAUAAAUAAACUUUGUCCUUAUAUGUGUCCAACCUUCAAUAAAGAGGAUACUGACAUAGCGUAAUAAAGUUACAAUAUUUAUUUCCCGUACAAAAGACCCCCCAUAAGAAGAACUCUUACAAUGUUUUUGUUUUUGAAUUUGGAGUGUGUAUAGCAGUACCGGUUAUUUGGCGUUUCGUGAGGACCGACCCGAGUGCACAGGACUGAAUAUCAACGGAGCGGUAACCAUUUAUCCAUCAACCAAAACUCUGUAUCACCAGUGCUUUAUUGUGAACCUUAGAAAUAAGUUUCACCACUUGACAUUGUAAGAGUUCUUCCAAUUUAAUUGGACUACCACUUUAUAUGCAUAAGACUUUCUAUUCCUUCGAAACCAAGAUUGCCUCUGAUACCUACAUGAUGCUAAUGCAAGUGUUUCUGGGUGAAAGUCAGUGGCAAUAUCCUCCGCCAGAGCUCCAUGUUCUCCAUCUGUCUGCAGAUUAAGUGAUGCAGAUUAUCCUUUUUUUAAAGGUUAUUUUGCAACCUUAACUAAAUGACACAUGGUACAUUCUGUUAUGCCCCUUCUUCGAUUUGACAAAUAUGUCUUUAAAUGUCUGAGCUGGAUACUUGCCCUUCUAGUCGACCCAUAAAAACCAGCCCAGCUCAGUGCUGUGUGGAAUGCAACUGAGCGCUCCUUUGUCAUUUUGCGAACCCAAAUAUUUGUCUGGAUAUGAUUGACUAGGCCGGCACUAUGAACCAGAUAAAAGUCUGUGAUAUUAUGAUAGAAUGUUGUAGUCAAGGCAGCAUUACUGCAUUAGAAGACAGAACUCCAGAAGACACAGAACCAGGACCCUUGAGGCGAUCCCUUUGCCAGAGUGACAUGAGGAGAAGAUGUUGAGUGGACACAGACAUUCUUAAGAAUAUUUAACUUGUAAGUAUACUGGAGAUGAUCCAUAUAACACCAUGCAUGCUGAAGAAUGUAUUUUAACAUAUUAAUGCAUGACAUGGGGAACCAUAUCCCCAUCUAUGAUGUGCCAUUGUGUUCGUAUGAAGAUUCUCCACAUCAAAAUUAUUAAGGCUGAAAUUAAGUGUAUGUGUAAAGCAGUGUAUAAACGAUUUGCCAAUGUCCAAAAUUAUUAUUUAUACCCACAUGUUUUGCUUCCGUUCAUGUAAAUCUACUGUUACCCCAUAACAAGUCAUUACUCAUUUGUUUGUGUCCCAAGUAAAUGUAUUGUCUAGUCUAUCAAUUCUUGCACGUGUGAUUGUACAUGCCUGUAUGUAGAUACUUUAAAUGUUCCUGAUUUUUCCAGGGCCCUGGAAAAACUGUAUGGGGGGAGAGGGAGGAGGAAGAGGUAUAAGGGAGAGAAAUAGGAUGAAUGUAUGUUUAGCUAACCCUAAAUGUAACUCUAACUAUAAUUGUAAUGCUAUUAUUAACCCAAAAUGUAAUGCUAAGCCCUUAAUGUAACAGUAAGCCUAUAUGUAACGCUGUUAAAGUUAAUGUUAGCUUUUAAUGUAACGGUUAAGGCUAAAUGCUAUGCUGCUCUAUAACACUAAUGCAUAGGUAACGCUACAUGAAAAUAUACUGUAUAAAUAGUGUUCUUUAUAAAUGCAGUUAUAGUUCACACAAAAAUAAAUAAAUAAAUAAAAGUCCAAUAAACUAACACUUUGUUGCUUCUAACUUGCGCCGAGCUCCUACAUUCUAGAAAGAUUUAGUGCAUGUUACAUAAUCCGUCUCCUGCAUGGAAUCCUUGAGUUGGGCAAAGUCGACAUGUGGAAUAGGCGUUCACACACUUUGGCAUCGAUUUAAUAUCUUUUGUUUAAGCUUGUUAAGUGAUUUCAUAUUUUCAGCUUACAAAGAUUAUUUUCAGGAUAGUAAAAUAGCAAAAAUAGUAAAAAUAUAUCCUAUAUAAAAAAAUCAGUAUAUCAAAUAUUAAAAUAGUAAAACAUUUUUAAAAAUAUUAAAUCAUUUGAAAAGUGCUGUGCUUCAAAUGUGCAAAGUACAAUGAAUAUUUAUACUUCUAUCAAGCUCAGCUGUGCAAGCAAUUUUCAUACAGAUCUAAAUAUUUAAAAAGUGCUUUAUAGUGCAUAAUAUCUGAUAAUAAUGAAUACCUUAUUAAAGAUCUAUAGCUAGCACUCACAAUUUCCAGAGCCUCUUCAAAAUGGGUCUGGGUAUAACAGCUGAAUAUUCGAAGGAUGCAGAAUUUUUAUCUCCUUCCCAGACACAGAAAUCUGUAGUGAUUUGGAUACAAGGUGAAAACCCAAAAGGCCCCCACAGUGUGAUCUAGACACAAUUUGAAUUGGUUAUAUUCACAUAAAAACCUCUUGCAAUUGUUUUGUUAGAAUAAUUUAAAAAAAAAUAAUUCUUGUUUUUAUAGUCCUUGCAUCAAGGCUGGCUAACCCCUGCUCUCCCUCUAUGUGCGAUCCGUAGCGCUCUGGUUCACCAAGAAGUUCCAGGUCAGCAUACUCUUGACAUCACUGACGCGUUUCGCCCAACGAAUUUGGGCUUCCUCUAACAAAAAAACCCUGGUUCUCUCCCACUUUAUACAGGGUCCUCAUCUCUCUUUGGUGUUCAUUGAUUUGUCCAUUUCCCAAAGCUUAUUUAACUAAUGUUUGUGUUAGUGUCCAUUAAAAGCAAAUAAUAUCUCAAUAUAAGUAGGAUUUCUUUUAAAAUAAAACCCUUCAUAAUACAAUGAAGAAAAAUUAUAUUUCCUAAAUUUUUAAUACUUAAUUCACACAUUUGUUAUUAUGAUCACUUAUAUAUACUUGUAAUAAGGAAGGAAAAAAACUUAGUAUCAUAAAAUGAAAUAAAAUAGCAAUAUUUCUACAUAUAAUACAAAAAAAAUCUAUUACAUUUUUUUUAAUACUUCUAACUCAUACUUCAAUUUAAAUACCCAUCUCAUUUGAGAAAAUUGAAGACACUUUGCCCCUUGGGUUUGAAUGUUUGAGUUAAAAGUAUGCCUUUUUUUUUUCCUUUAAGUUUUUGUAAAAUAAGCUUGUUAACAAACUAUAAUAUCUAUAAAUUAAUUUUAUAAAUGUAUGUGGCGUAUUAAUAAAUGGUAUAAACUAGUAUCAUUAUGUAUAUAAUUAUGUAGAUUUGAAAGAACUAUUUUAUGUGGAUGGAUAAAUAAAAAUUAUUUAUGUAAAUAAACUUUUUAAAUAUACAAUAUUUGUAAUUUAUAAGAAAAGCCACAACAAAGAGAAAUAUGCAUUGUACGAUAAGUAUGGAUUAAAUAACGUUUAGUAAUUAUGCCCUUAUGUUAUGUUGCAUGCAUACAUAAGUGAUCAUAAUAACAUGAAUGUGUGACUAAAGUAUUAAAAUGUAGUAAAUACAUGUUUUUAAUUGUUUUAUGGUAAAAAGGGUAAAUGUAGUAAAUACAUGUUUUUAAUUGUUUUAUGGUAAAAAGGGUUUUAUUUGGAAGAAUUCCCAUGGAUAUUGAGACAUGGAGGGAGAGCAGAGCAGGAGCCAGCCAGCCUUGACACAAAGACUUUAUACAAGGAUCUUUUAUUUUACUUUAUUUUUUUUACUAUUUUACUAAUUAAAAGUUUUAAUUGAAUAUUGCAAAUUAACACUUUGUUAAUCUCACACUAUUGGGGCCUUUUGUGUUCUGUACUUGGGUCCAAAUCCUCAGAUUUCUGUGUAUCGGAAAAAUAUAAAUAAACCGAUUACCUGGAAAAUUCAGUUGUUCUACCCAGAACCGGUUUGAAGAGGCUCUGGGAAUUGUGAGUGCAAUACUUUCAGUUAUUCAAUAGGGCAUUCGAUAAUAUCCGAUAUCCUGCACUUUAAACUUUUUAUUUUUUAGAUCUGUAUGAAAAUUGUUUGCACAGUAGAGCUUGGUAUUUUUAUGUAUUUCUUAUAUUGUCCAAAUUUUAAGUGCAUCACUUUUUAUGUUUUUGGUUUUUUGUUGUUGUUGGGAACACUGUAUUUAUAACUUGUUGCAGCUGUAAUUGCAUUUAUAUGCACUUUAAUAAUUUAAGCACUUUGUAAAUUUAUAGCGCCUUAGCACUUUUGGGUAUAUUAACAUUUGAAAAGUUUAUCCAGAAAUAUUAAAUAUAUUAAAUCAAAGCCUUUGACUAAAUAAAAUCUCAACUCCGCUUUAAAAUGUAAAUCGGAGAGUGAGAAAAUAAGAAUAGGGGUGUCAUAAACACUUCAGCCAUGCAUGUGACCUUUAGUGGGUGCAAUGGUUAAAAAUCACUUUUCGCCUGCAGUAGGCCCAAAAGGAUGAUAGUCACCAACACCUAUUAAAAACAAUUUAACAGAAAUCUAUAUGAUAACACAAUACCAAUAUAAAUGUCUCUUCAGUAACAUGUGGUAUAUUCUUCUACCAAAGGUGGGACUUGACUUAAAAAUAACAUUAAUUCUGAACAAAAUUGUUACACAUUGCACCAAGCAAACAGAUGAAAUAAAAAAGGGAAACUUACUAUCCUAGUAAGGCAACACCAUGUUCCAUCCCUAGAGUGUAUUUGAUUGAGUAAGGCAGUGAUAAUUCAAUGCAACUUUGAGUUCUAAAAGUCCUAGGUGUCAUUCGAUUUUAUAUAGACUUUUAGUUCAUUUAGCUUGCUAGGUCUCUCCUCCUGAAUUGGGAAUGAACUCAAUGUAGAACUCCCAGUUUCAUAAAUGAAUACCAAAUCUGGCCAACAAUCUACACAGUAUUAUUUACUAAAGUGUGAACUGUAAGGAAUUAAAAGCAAUUUUUAGGACAAAAUAAACAAACUGGAAAAAUUAUCUAUGUCAGCUACGCUUUUAGGUCAACUUUUUGGCCAAAAAUGUAAUAUUCACUUUGAAUUCCCGACAAGUCACACUAAUGAUGUUAUUUCUGAUGUCUUUGCCAAAGUUGUCCUUCUCAUAUGUCUAUGCACAGGACAUUGGGCAUUCAGUUUUGUGAUACAAACUACUUCUACGUCCUAAUAUUGAGGGUGUCCCUGGAACUAUUUAUUACUGGUGUAACUUUCUCUCUCGUGGCCAGCCGACAUGAAAUUUGGAGUUAGUCUACAGGCACACCUGUUCCCUAUCUUUGGCCUGCUAUAUACCUUACAACACAGACAUGAUCUUCUGUAUUGGAGAUUUGAAAGUGUCCCAUGUAUUGGCAGAAUGAAACUGUGUAUCCCUGUGUGGACAAAGUGGCUUAUGUAUGUGUUGCAUGUGUAUGCAUGUUAAAAUGUCAACAGUUAAAUGUUAUAUGUGUAUGCAUGUUAAAGGUCAAACGUUUGAUGGUAUUUCUUCAAAAGGCAUGUGCCAUUUAUAUGCUUACCUUCAACAUCUAUUCUGUCCCUCUGUCUGAGUGGCCUUUCCUAACCUCUACCCCCUUGCUCCCCUUUAUACUCUCCUAAAAUUGCUCCUUGUAAGAUUAUCCAUGCUUUCCCUCUGUCUCCCUGCCCUACUGUGUUACUGUCUAUAUCCUUUUACUUCUUCAUCAUGUAGACUAGUUAAUGAAACCACAAAAUGUAACAGUUUUCCUACGUUUAUACACAAUAUAUGGAAAUAAACUUUCCUGUUCUCUGAUUGGUCGAAAUGUUUAAUAUGUUUGUUUAUACCUGAUUACUUUUACUACAUAUAUUUACCAGGGAAAAAUUAUUUAUUUUUUCUUUCGGAUCGAUUCUUUAUUAUUAUUAUGAUUAUUAUUCAAACUUUGGUGCAUCUGAAAUUUUGGAAAUUCAUUUUUCUUAUUUCUUAAGACCAUUAUUCCCUAUGAACAAAGAAUGAAGGUGGCAAUCACAAAAUGACCAAGGAAAUUACCAAUUUACGGGGUUAUCUGCUAAACUGCUGAAAUAUCUAAAUUAAAGGGACACUGUAGACACCCAGACCACUUCUGCUCAUUGGAGUGGUCUGGGUGCCAACUCCCACUUUUUUUUUUAAAUCUGCAAUAAUUACCUUGCAGGGUUAAGUCCUCCCCUAGUGGCUGUCUACUAGACAGCCACUAGAGGGCACUUCCUGCUCCAUAGCACAGAAAACCUGUGCCUGUAGCGUCGCUGGACGUCCUCAUGCAGUGUGAGGACCUCCAGCGUCGCUCAAUUCCCCAAAGGAAAGCAUUGAAAGUAUUUUCAAUGCUUUCCUAUGGAGAACUCUAAUGCACAUUACGUCUCCUCAGCCGGCGGCUGGGAUCAGUCUCGCCCACCAGCUGACGUAAGGAAGAGGAGAAGGAGGAGCGGCGGCGAGCAGAAACCACCGCCUAGGGACAUCGGGUGUCUCAGAUAAGUGACUGAAGGGGUUUUCACCCCUUCAGCAACCGGGGAUGGGGGGUGGGAGGGAGAGGGGACCUGCAGUGCCAGGAAAACCGAUUGUUUUCCUGGCACUGGAGUGUCCCUUUAAGAAAAGCCCUUUUCUUAAUUUUGACUUUUCAGCUGUUUAGUUGAUGACUCCAUAAUUUUAUAUCCUUACAUGGGAUAGCACAAGGAUGCCAAUUAUCAAAUAAGGGAGCUAUCUGCUACACAGCUGUUAUCCUUUAGUUCGGUAAUUACAUGUAAGGACACCAAAUUAGGUAGCUAUCAGCUAAAAUGCUGAAAGAGCAAAAUGAAAAGGGCUUUCAACUAUCUUACGGCUGUUUAGUAGAUAACUCCUUACUCUGGUAUCCUUGCGUGGGAUUGCCUUAUUAAGGGUUACCAAAUAAGGGAGCUAUCUGCACCCUAGUUUGGUAACCUAUAAAUAUGUCAAUCCUACAUAAGUUUACCAAAUUAGAUAGCGAUCUACUAAUCAGCUGAAAGACCAAAAUUAAGAAAAGGACCUUUCUUAAAUUUGAUCUUUCAGCUGUUUAGAAGAUGGCUCCCUAAUAUGCUACAUUUGUAUAUCACAUGAAUGCUAUAUACAUGCAGCACAUACAUUCUAUAUAUCUCCAUUAAUUGGUAAAUAUGGCAAUUCCACAUUAGGAUGACUACUAAACAGCUGAAAGAUCAUAGUUACAUAGGGGAAAAGAGAUCUGCAUCCAUCAAGUUCACCCUUUCUCACAUUUGUUUUUGCUGUUAAUCCAAAAGAAGGUAAAAAAAAAAGUUGGAAGCACUUCCAAUUUUGCAGUUAACUAGAAAAGAAUCCUUGACCCAAGAAAGGCAGUCAGGUAUCUUCUUGGAUCAAGAAGCUAUGAACCCAUUAAUUAAAAAUUAUACCCCUUUAUAUUCUGUUUUGGCAAGGAUGUACCCAAUUGCAGUUUUAACAUCUGUAUAGGCUCUGAUGAAACCAUCUCUUCAGGCAGAGAACUCCACGUCCCAUCUUGUUCUUACUGUAAAAGACCCUUUCAUUUGCCUUAGACUAAAUCUCCUUUCUUCCAGUCUAAAUGCUUGACCUUGUGUCCUAUGGAUAGUGCUGUUUAUGAAUAGAUUUCCAGACAAUAAUUUGUAUUGGCCCCCAUUUCUAUUUGUAAAAUGCUAUUACAUCUCCUCUGAGGAGCUGUUUUUCCAAACUAAAGAUAUUUAAAUUUGUUAACUUUCUUUGUAACUAAAAUGAUUUUUUUUCCUUUUAUGAAUUUUGUAGCUCGUCUCUGUACUUUUGCUACUUUUCUUUAGAACAGGUGCCCAAAAUUACACAUCAUGAUAUUACCAAUGAUUUAUAAAGAGGCAACAUUUUAUUUUAAUCCCCAGUAUUAAUGCCCUUAUUUAUACAUGACAAUACCUUGGCAGCUACCGAUUGACAUUGAAUAUUGUUGCGUAGUUUGUUCUAUAACAAUUCCCAAAUCCUCACCAAACUCCGGCCCUCCAGAUGUUGCUGAACUACAACUCCCAUUAUGUAUGCCAUUUGAGUGUCCAAUUCCCCAAUCUAUCUAAAUCCCUCUGCAGCAACAUAAUAUCCUGCUCACAUUAUUACUUUACAGAGGUAAAGUAAUAAUGUGAAGUGGUCUGGCUGCCCAUAGUGUCCGUUUAGGCUCACAGGUCUUUAAUUUCUAGGCAAAUAUUUUGAAUCCUUUUUUUAAAUUAAUAAAAGCCCAUUUAUUUGUAUCUUUUUUUUUUUUUUUUAGUUGUUUAGUAGAUAACUCACUAAUUUGGUAUCAUUAUCAAAACUAAUAGAUCAAAAAAAAGUUUUGGUUUGAUUUUGUUUUUCCGUUUAGAUAUUUGUGUUGUCCAAAAUUACUGAAUUUGGCCAAAUUCAUGCAAAUUUGGAUUAGGGACAAAACUAGUUGUACUACCCUACCUUAUACCAUGUUCUUCAAUGCAGCUGUAAUCAUAAUGCCCUCUAACAUAUCUGCAUGUAGUCAACUAUAAAAGGUUAAAGGAAAAAAAAAUCUAAAACUUGAUUACCAUUCAUUAACAUGUCUAACUUUUUUUUAUCUUUUACACCCUAGUGGAUCCUGAUGCCAUUUGGCUGAUGCAGGGCUGGCUGUUUGCUAACUGUCCAUCAUUUUGGAAGCCGACACAGAUUCGAGCUUUGCUCCAUGGCGCACCUAUUGGUAGGCUCAUCGUAUUGGAUUUAUAUGCGGAAACCUUACCAGUUUACCAAAACACAGAGUCUUUCUAUGGGCAACCAUUUAUCUGGUGCAUGCUCCAUAAUUUUGGAGGAAAUCAUGGUUUAUUUGGCAAAGUUGAAAGUAUCAAUAAAGGACCAUUUGAUGCCAUGUCCUUCAAAAACUCUACCAUGGUUGGAACAGGACUGGCCCCAGAAGGCAUAGAGCAGAAUGAUAUGCUUUAUGAGCUAAUGAAUGACAUUGGGUGGAGUUCCAAACCCCUUGACUUGGCACAGUGGAUCACCAGUUAUGCCGACAGACGUUACGGCCAGCAAAACGCUAAUGCAAGAGAAGCAUGGCAGAUUCUUCUUAAGAGUGUUUAUAAUUGUACCAGGUAUUUUGUUGACCAAAACCAUAGCCCACUGGUUCGAAGGCCAUGUUUGGAUAUGAACACUGAUAUUUGCUAUAAGGAAAAUGAUCUGUUUGAAGCUUGGCGACUGAUGCACGAAGCAUCAUCAUCACUGGCAAACAGUGAAACCUUUCUGUAUGAUCUUGUAGAUGUCACUAGAGAGGCAAUGCAGCAGUUAGUAUCUGCAUACUAUAUUGAAAUCAAGUCUGCGUAUGAGAAUGAAAUAUUGGAGAAUCUAAUGAGUGCUGGUGGUGUCCUGGUUUACGAUCUUCUGCCUGAACUGGAUGCUCUCCUUUCUAGUCAACCUCAGUUCUUGCUUGGACGUUGGCUGGAAGCAGCAAAUUCUAUGGCAUCCACCAAAGAAGAAGCUGCGUUGUAUAACAUGAACGCUCGCAAUCAACUCACUUUAUGGGGUCCGGAUGCUGACAUCCUGGAUUACGCCAACAAGCAGUACGGUGGACUGAUUCAAGAUUAUUAUAAGGAGCGCUGGACCCUCUUUCUGUGGUUCCUCAUAGAGAGUCUCAACACAGGGAUUCCAAUUAGUGAUCUGAAAUACAAUGAAGCCGUCUUUAUGGUGGAAAAAGAAUUCAUAUACAAUAAAAAGAUCUAUAGCUCGAGCCCCAAAGGAGACACCAUAGAAAUUGCCAACAACAUUUUUCUCAAGUAUUUCCCGCAUUUCAUGAAAGCAGGUCAUGGUAGAUGGAGUAAGAAAAUAAAGCUGCUGUAAAACAUUAAACUUGGCUUUUUCUUAGUUCUUUGCUAUGCUAAUUCUUUCAAAGAUGCAGAUGAAGCACAUCUCACCAAUCAAUAGCAGUAGAUGUUAUUUUUAAUAUUAUUUGAUGGUUUGCACUAAAACCCUUUUAAGCUCUUUUUGCUCUUUGAGCGUAUACAGUUGCACUAGGGGCUUGAAUUGUAUUUGUAAUCAACAUGACAUAUACGUUAAUGUUAAAUAUUUGGGAAUUACUGGAAAUCUGCUUUUUGAUAUAUUGACCGUAUUUGCGUUUUUGGGCACCUUAAAGAAAUACUGACCUAUAAUAAGUUAAUUUUAUUUUUAAUUCUUGUUAAAGUGGAACUAUAAAAUCUCAGGGUUUUUCAUAUUAUGUAUAUUUAAUGAAUAAAUAUUUCUGAUGUUGGAAACAUUUGAUAAUAGAAAUGCACACUGCUGUAUUUACCUCUAGAACUGAGCACCUUGAUCUUGGUUCCCUGUCAAACAUUGUUAUAGUUACAUGGUUACUUGGGCUGAAAAGAGACAUGUCCAUCAAGUACAGCCUUCCUCACAUCUGUAUUUUGCUGUUGAUCCAAAAGAAGGUAAAAAACAAAAAAAAACUGUUUGAAGAACUUACAAUUUUGAAACAAACUAGGAAAAAAUUCUUCUUGAUCCCAGAAUGGCAGUCGGUUAUCCCUGGAUCAAGACACUAAUACGUUACAGUUGAAAAAUGAUAUCCUUGAAUAUUAUGUUUUUGCAAGUAUGCAUCUAGUUGCUGUUUAAACAUCUGUAUGGACUCUGAUAAAACCACUUCUUCAGGCAGGGAAUUCCACAUCCUUAUUGUUUUUACUAUAAAAAAGAAGAAAAACUUUUCUUUGCCUUAGACUACAUUUACUUUUUUCCAGUCUAAAUGCAUGACCUCGUGUCCUAUGUACAGUCCUGUUUGUGAAUACAUUUCCAGACAAUGGUCUGCAUUGGCCCUGGAUAUAUUUGUAUAAUGUUAUCAUAUCCCCUCAGAGGUGUAAAAGAGUUAUACAUUCCUUUUAUUAAUUUUGUAGCUCGUCUCGGCACUUUUUCUAGUGCCAUAAUGUCUUUCUUUAGAACAGGUGCCCAGAAUUACACAGCAUAUUCAAGAUUUGGUCUUACCAGUGAUUUAUAUAGAGGCAAAAUUACACUCUCAUCCCGAGAAUGAAUGCCCCUUUUUAUACAUGCCAAUAACUUACUAGCCUAAAUCACUGCUGAUCAACAUUGCACAUUGUUGCCUAGUUUGUUUUUCUAUAACAAUUCCCAAAUCCUUCUCGUGUGUUGCAAUCCUUAAUUCACUACCAUUUGGGUAUAAGUUGCUUGUGCAUUCAUUAGCUCAAGUGCAUAACUUUGUAUUUUUCUACAUUUAAAUUUCAUCUGCCAUUUGAGUGCCCAGUCUAUUUAAAUCCCUCUGCAGCAAAGUAAAGUAAUAUCCUGCUUACAUUGUAUUACUUAACAGAGUUUUGCGUCAUCUGCAAACGCUGAAACGUGACUUUCAAUGCUUACUUCAAGCAGAACCCUGAGGGACACCACUUACCAUUUUUGUCAAGCUUGAAAAUUUACCAUUAAUGACCACUCUGUACUCUAUUUUUAAGCCAAUGUUCUACCCAAGAACAAGAAUUUUCAUGUAGACCAAUUUCUGUCUGUAACCAGUGUGUAACCACAUCAAACGCCUUGGCAAAAUCCAAGUAGAUCACAUCCACUGCAACACCCUUGAUCUAUACUUCUAUUUACUUCUUCACAGAAUGCAAUUAAGUUAGUUUGACGUGACCUGUGUUUUUAUAAAACCAUGCUGAUUUUUGCUGAUAGCCAUGCUCUUAAUGAAUUCCUAAAUAUUAUCCCUAACAGAAGUUAAGCUCACAGGUCUAUAAUUUUCAGACAAGGAUUUUGAAUCCUUUUUGAAUAUAGGAACCACAUCUGCCUUCCUCUUGUACUCCGGUAAAAUUCCUGAAAGAAAAGAAUCUUGAAAGAUUAAGAACAGAGGUUCACUUAUUUCCACAGUUGCUUAAGUACUUGUGGGUGAAUACCGUCAGGCCCUGGUGCUUUGUUUAUAUUAACGUUCUUUAUUUGCUGCAGCACCUUGUCUUGAGUCAUCCCAUCACAAUUGGUCUGCAAUUUUUUUUGCAGAAAUCAUUUGCAUGUCUAUAGCCAUAGGUUCUUCCUUAAUAUGUACGGAGGAGAAAUAGUUAUUUAAAAUUUCAGCAUUUUCUUGAUCUUCAUUAACUAACACCCCAUCCCGGUUUUCAGUGUACCUACAUUUUCAUAUUUUUCUAUUUCUCCCUCAUUUUGUAAUUUAGCGAAUCUAAUUGCCUUUUUGCAGGUCUUAUUGGCUUCCUUAUAUCUUUAAUAGGAUGCCUCUGAUUUAUCCUAUUUAAAAGCCCUUUUCUUAUUUUUAAUUUCUUGAUUUACUUUCCCACUAAGAUAUAUUGGUAAUAUCUCAGAAAAUACUACCUUGGGGGUCCUUUUCUUAAGUUUGCUGCCUAUUUCCCUGAACUCCUUCUUUAAGGUACUCUAUCUUACUCUAAUUUUGUCAUUGGUACCAAUAUGGACCAUGACAGCCGGGUCUUACCCAGCCACUCACAAUAAUCCAUCCCCUCUAUCAGCAAUAUGCCAGACCCAAGCACCCGGGAUACCGCAAACUGUGCCGAUCAGAGCGGCAGAUUACUCGAUCUGCUCUUUAAAUAUUAUAGUUCCCUACCACCACAACUUGUCUAGCUUUUAUGUUCUCAUCCCCACCCAUACUAGAGGGGCUGUUCUAAGAAACAGCUGCCUUUAGUACUGCUAGUCCUGAGCUGAUGCUUCCAACAUCUUCACUCAACAGGCAAACCUGAUAGGUCGCACAAAGUCAGGACUAGCUAACCCACUCCUCUUUGCUACCCCCUGCUACCUUGCCCAACCCAACAGCUACUAGUCUCUUUCCCAGCUGUCUUAUCUCCUCCAACUCUAAUACCUGCCCUCCCUAAACUUUGCUCCGUGAGCAGCAGACCCCUCUCAAAAUUGUCGAUCUCCAAUCUGAGCUUCCAGACAAGUCACUCGCACACACCUUUUACAAACGUAUGGAUCCUGAACAGAUGCAUCCAGGCAUGCUUACAUGCAACAAGAUGUGCACUGAGCCAGACCAGCAAUCUUGCUAACGCUCAUUAACCUCAUUCACCAAAAACAGGACAGUAAAACAAUAUUUAUCUUGUUCACUUUACUCCAGCUUUUUUAAACUCUUACUUAACCCCUUAAGGACCAAACUUCUGGAAUAAAAGGGAAUCAUGACAUGUCACACAUGUCAUGUGUCCUUAAGGGGUUAAAGAGACUACUUAUAACCUCUGCUUUGUGCCGGGAAAUUAGCAUAGUCAAUGUUUGUUUUUCCUUUUCAAAUGCACAGUGUGUCAUGACUGAUUUGUGUUGUGAUGUCAAUUACUUAUCUGUAAUAGCAUUUGGAAAAAUAGAAGCAUAAGUUCUAUGUGAUACAGUGUAUCACAAUGCAAUAGUAUAAUUUUUUUUUUUUUUAUAGAAGUGAUGGUCCUUUUGAUUGAAUCUAAUUGCAGGGUUUUAAAUCUGGAUGUUGGGUUGCUUAUAACGUCUCUGUAUUUUCGAUUAUGUAUUCUCAUGUUGAUUUGGAUUUUGCUAACUGUGGGAAAAAAUUAAAAAAAAAUUUAUUCAGUAACAUUUCAGCAACAGUUUCUGUGUUUUUAUUCUAUCACUCUAAAAACCAAGUUGCACAUCUCAACCAAUAUAAAAAUAGCCAAUACUUUAUUUACUUUACGAAUAAGGACAUAAAUGUAAAACCGUAAAUGCAAAAACACACACAGCAAGUGAGUACAGACUGGAAGAUAUACCAAAGUUGUACAAAUAUUCUCUUGAGAAAGAUACUCAGUUGAAUGCUAACUUUGGAAUAUUUUUCAGUCUGUACUCACUUUGAUACACUGUAUAUGUAUGAUAUAUACUCACUACACCUUUUCAAAAUGUAAAAAAAAAUAUUUGAAUUGCUGACAGAAUUAAUAGUUUUCUGUUGUACAAAAUCUCUAAAGUCUAAUGUACAAUGAACCAGAAGUAUGUAAUCCUUCAAAAAUCGUUUUGGGAUGAUCAUAUACAAUAUGACAUGGUUUGACAUAUACAUAGUCUUCUUAUUGAAAUUGAGAAAAUAUAUUUAGGAUAUAUACUUUGCGGAUCUGCGUGGUUGCCAAAAAUAUGACGUCUAACAUCCACAGAAGCAUCUGAUAAGACAACCUCUUUAGGAGAACUCCACAUUUGUUAUUGCUGUAAAAAAACUUUCUUCCAGGCUCAAUCGGUUAUCUCUUGUCUGUUGUAUAUUCCUACUAAUGAACAGGUUAGUACAUAGUGGUUUGUACUGACCCUAUAUAUAUAUAUAUGUAUAGUGCUUCAUAUCACAUGCCCUUUAAGGUGCCUUUUUUUCCCAAAAGUAAUCAAAAGCCUUUCCUCAUAACGGUUUCCCAUCCCCUUUAUUAACUAUGUAUCUCUCCUCUGCACUUUUCCUAGUUCUGUAAACUCCUUCUUUAAAACUGGUGCCAAAAAUUGUACCACGUAUUCAAGGUAGUCUUACCAUGUAUUAUAAAGAGUUAAAAUUAUAUUUUGAUUAUGUAAAUCAUUACCUUUUUAUUCAUGAAAGCACCUUACUAGCUCAUAAUGCAUAAUGUUGCCUUGUUUUGGAGUAGAGAUUGUUGCCAUAUUAGUCCAGUGAUGCAAAUGUAAAAUAACAGAUGAAAUUGGUAAUUUGGACUACCUUUUUUGUUGGGAAAAAAAACAGAUGUGUGUAUGUGUGUAUGUGUAUGUGUGUGUAUGUGUGUGUAUAUAUAUAUAUAUAUAUGUAUAUAUUGUGUGUAAGAAAUUUUUUUAACAAUCAGCAGUUGUGGCACUCUGUGGGAAUUCCCCAAAAUAUCCCACCUACAAACAUUUAAAACCAAAUACCGCAAUGCUUAAGUGAUAUACCACCACCACAAAAAACAUCAAAGUUCGAGUGCAGCGCUUCAAAUAUCUAGUUUACACUUACCCCUCCAUGGAUAUGGGGUAAUUAGUUUUCAUUAACAUGAAAGAGAAGCAAAAACCAUAAAAUAAAUAGUGUUCUAAAAUUGCAUGAAAGUAAGCUUGUGGUGAAUAUAAGCUUACAGUGUUUUGAGCCUUAAUUACGGACGACAAUUUGUGGCCUACCGGUGGUGAGCAUGGGAGAGGUGGCCGAUCUCCCUGCUAGCGGUCCAAAAUGCUUCAGUGGUUGGGACCCCCUCGAACGUUGUUGGGGGUUUUCCCAGCAUAAGAAUACAGGCUCUACCUCCAAGCAACAAGAGGAACCGAGCGAAUCACCAGCUCCUGAGGCCUGCAUCCAGCAACUAUGCUGAUGUCAAGAUGGUGGCUGAUGUACCUGAUACAGCAGCACGAGGCCCUCCAGAGACACUUGAGGAGUGGCUGGAUAAUCUGUUCUGCAAAUUCUGGUGGAAGCUGCGAGACAGAGGGGUGCAGGCUGAAAGAGCAAAAGAGGAAUGGCAAGCAGCUGAACGUACCUCCAGACCCUCCUUCCCUCCCGGCGGACGAGCGUCAGAAACUACCCAUGGCUCCUAACUUGAAGUUGCUGAAGAGACAGACGACCCACCCAUAAAGAUACCUACUCAGGUAGUGCUUGCUACGGCCCUCCUGGGCUGAGGGGGAAGACCCUGGUGCUCAACCCACACACUCGGAAGAAGAAACCGCGAUCCCAAGCUGUGAAUGCACCCUCCCGAGAUCAUGCUCGUGGUGACAAGACAGACCUGAGCAGUAGGACCUGCACAUGGGCCCUUGAGGCAGUUCAGGCCAGCGGGGUGUGCAGCCUUGGAUAUACGGGACACUAUCCACUUACGUGACUCUGGCGUUGGGUGAAUCGUAGCCAUGUCUGGGUGGGAGGGUUAUGUAACAGAUUUAGCUACUUAUGGCCGCUUCUCCCCACGUCUCUUACUACUUGAGAACUACUGCCAUGGUUCCCUUUAAUCAUAGCUUAUAACCAUCCUAUAGAAGCUUGUUUUCAGUAAAGCAUUUUUAUUUUACACAUAAGGGCAUCUUAUACUAUGUCAGUGUACACUCUCUGAGCAGGCCCCCACUGAUAUAUUAAUAUCCCUGCUUUUUACAGCAUUGCCACACAAAUGCCUAUCAAGCAAAGUUUCCACAGUUGUACUUGUUUUAUGCCUGAUUUAACUUUUACUCACUUGACUACCAACUAGACAAGUAUGACUAGCCUGCUUAUCAUUCUACUGUACUUACAAAAUUGUACCACUUUCUCAAUGCCAUGUGUAUGUACUACAUUGAUAUUAUUGCUUUCUUAUGCUGUCGUGGCAUCGUAAGCUCUUGUUACCUUGUGCACAGAAAGAAUUUAAAAAAAAUUAAAUUAUUAAUGACACAGAACAAGAAGGCAUGUACUCCCUAUCCAAAAAUCCUGAAUAUGCAUGAAUGUAAAAAAACUGAUAAAAUGUGUGGGAGCGGAGCAAACCAGCUAGUGGAGCGGUGGCAUGCAUCCUGAGCACCAAUACAAAGUCGUCUUGAAACCUAAAAUUGCCCCAUUUGGGUGAGCUGGUUUGCACUUACAAAGCACUAACUGGAGCAGGAGACCAUGGCCAAGCACUCACACAAAUCUCUUGGUACGAGCGGGAGCCAUACCUGGGAUAUCAACUUCAUACUUACCCAGUCAUCAAGGCCUAAAAUGGCGGAACUAAUGGCAGAUACACCACCUGGAUCCACAUCGGCCUGAGAGAAAGACAACCCAGAACCGAAAGAGCUUCAGCCACAACCUCAAAGUGGCAGAGCAGUUUCCCAACAGCAGCCCGACCCACAAUGGGCCACAAAAACAGACCUCACCAUGACGGAGAUCAAUGCCUAAUCAUUGCAUCAGAAAUGGCGGUCCUGAAAACAGACCUCAGCACUCUGGCAGGCAGGAUGAACUUCACGGAGGAAAAUGUCCGCAGCCUCUGAGUCAAACAAGACAUCACAGUAGCUCACCUUACAUGUGCAGAGUUGACAGCAAAAGUAGGACAGCUGGAAGAUAUGGCAAGACAGCGCAAUUUAACAAUCCAUGGAUCACUAUUCAUUUUUGAACAGCACUCGCUGUGCUUUUUUUAAGACCUUAGCUGGUCCACACUGCAGUGGCAUGCAACAUUGACCAAAUAUUGCAGAGCUCCUGCGGCAGACACGCAAAGCCACUGGGCCCAAGAUGGUCACCUACCAAGAAACCUAAUCCGAGCAAUCAGACGAGUUCUCCUUGGGGGAAGAGGCAACCGACUUCCCUCCAGUGCAGAGACCGGCACCGGUAAAUCCAGAAAGCUGACGCUUCACUGGUGACAACAGCAGUCCUGAAGUCGCUCCUCACAGACUUCCAGAAGACCAUCCAGUCAGAUGUUGCCUUGCUCCUCGUUGACAUACAUGGUCUGACAGGCCGAAUGGGAGCCUUGGAGUCUGCCUCCAGUGUUGGCUCUGACCAAAUGUGACAGGGAGGGUUGCAAAACCAGGGAGUUGGCUAGACUCUCAAAUAUAUAUAUAUAUAUAUAUAUAUGAAACAAGGGGGGGGUUGGCUGCACUCACCUGAACAUGCAUAAAUGGGGGUGCUGCUGGGGGGGCCCCCAUUUGUAUUAUUUGGCCCCCAGCAGCACCCCCAUUUAUGCAUGUUCAGGUGAGUGCAGCCAACCCCCCCUUGUUAUAUAUAUAUAUAUAUAUAUAAUUAGCAUACAUCCGCACUUGUUGUAUCUUAAAUUUUUCCUAAACUCCCGUCUAGCUAGUUAACCUCAUGUAGUAAUGUAUGACAUUGCUAGUCUAGACCUAGUUCUAGCUCAAUAUUUACUCCUAUUAUACCAAAAAUGUGCCAUGUAUCUGAAGCCACAUUUGUGUAUACCUCUGUCUAAUACUCUGAUUGCACCAGCUGGUUUGGCAGUGCAAACUUGAUUGUUAACCUACGAACAACCUAAACAGAUCACUUGGCACUCCGACUGGGUACCUCCGUUGAAAGGUGCUCCUAGCGCUUCCUGAGGGCUCCAAGCACUCCACUUGACACCAUCAGCAUCGCAGACCCCACGAACCGCCGCAGCUUGGUUGGGGUCUCGCCGUCUCCUACCCACCCUGGACCUACGACAAGGCUCCAGGUUCCAGUGGGUGAACCUCUUUCCCCAGAGAGUAAAGCAGGAACAAGCUCUUGAAAGAGCUUAGUGAUUAUCCAAGGGAGAAUGAAGAGCAUAGCAAUCCCUGGUAGCUGUUUCCCCCAAUAAUAGACAGGACUCUAAAUUGAGGGUUAAGUAGAACUGAAGGUUUAAUGAUACAGCUGCUUUUUUUUUUUUAUACAGUUUUUCCCCACAAGGUUACCGUCCACGUGGACCUUGUGGAGCACAGGACACAAAGUUACAAAAGCCAAUAGAAACAAUAACACCUAAACACUCCCACAUACAUUCGGCAAACCCUCCUCUCUGCCUGUGAUAUAAUUAAGCUAGCUAAUGGAAUAACUUAAUUAUCCACAGGCAGAAAAAAAAUACAUUUAUACAAACCCCAAAAAGUACCCCAAUACAACAUAUCCCCAUAAAUGUUAUAUAGAUAACCAUGAUCUGGGUGAACAACAUAUCCAAAAAUCACCCAGUUCAGAGCAGGGGUUCAAAAGCUCCAUGGAAUUCACAUUUGACGGACCGCAAGCAUGGCUUUCAUGCCCAAAAUAGUUCCACAGAAUUUGGCUGUGCAGCCGGUCUAUUUCCAAUAGUUUCAAAUGCUAAGUUCCGUUUGAAUGCACGAACUGGAGCCGUUCGUGCAGAUAUCCACUGUUAACGUGGCAUUCGUAUAUUCGAACGCCAUUCGAUUUCCGUCGAAGUGUUGAAGUCUGGAGAAGGUAUAGUUCAGCGGUGUUCGUGCCGUCCCAUAUCCGAUUUGAGUUCCAUGAACUCGACGACCAAACACCGCUGAACGCGUUCGACUGAAUUAAGAUGUCCGCCGCAACGUGUUCGUAUGUCGAAUGGCAGCCACUUCAACUACUUCAGCACUUCGGCUGUAUCCGAAAUGCCAUUUCAAAAGGGCAGAUCCUUUCCCACAGGAUUUUAAAGGGGCAGAAAGAGUGUAUUAAAACCUCAUAAGCCCAAAUAGGGUUUCUAAAUGGCUAUACCCCCAGGGGGCCAUAGUCACAGGGCAGGAGGCAGGCAAGCAGGCCCCUCCAAAAACUCAUGGCAAACUCCCUUAAAAAGGGGAGUUUGUCACAACAUCAGUUAGUAUUAAUUAGUUCUAUAUAAUCUUGAUUGUAACCUCAAGACAUGUUCUAUUUUUAUGCAAUAUUUGCCGAGGAUAUUUCCCACUGCUUUUUGUAAAACGUAAUCAUAUAAAUAAAAACUAGAGUUUUAAAUUAGUGGAGUCUAUUCUCUACACAUGCAAAAAUGGUGAGGUUUAUGCAACUUCACUCACAGGUGUAUCAACUCUCCUUUUGCUAUGUUUAUAACUUGUAAAAUACAAUUUAACAUCCCUCAUACAUGACUCCGUGGGUGGCCUUAACCAUAGAAAACUGUAAAGAACAGCAAUAAUAAAGUGGCCAAUGCUCAUCAAAAUGGUUUUCUUCGCUUUAAACAAUUCAUUUUAUUUCCAUAUACUUAGAAACAUUCUUCAAUGUACAAAUAGACCAUGGCGCAAAGACUCCCAUAGACUCCAUGAAUAUUUUUCUAAAAAAAGAAUGGGACAAAAAUAUACAUCUUGUACUCACUUACUUUCUCAAAAUAUGAUUCUCUGUAGCGCCAUGUUUACUUUGGCAUGAUAUCUUUCAUGAGUAAUACCAUUAUGCCUAGUAAAUUAAGGCUAAUUGUGCAGAGGGUUUGAAUUAGUUAAAUAAAGGUAAUCCAGAUCAUUGUUAUAUAAAAUACCCAUAAUUCUGUGGUUUAUUUUUGUACACUGGUGGAGAAUAAUGUGAUAUGUGGUUUAUUAGCUGGAUCUUUACCUGGAAAUGUAUAAUCUGAAAGAUAAACAUGUAGGCUAUGUGCACUGAUAAUAUUCAAUAUUAUUAUUUAUGUAUUUUCAUUGUUUCUUUCAAUUAACGGAAUUAAUCUAAAAAUAUCUAUAAAAUGUUUAAUUUCUUUAUCUGGUGUCUUUUGUGUGUUUGUUUUAUUCCAUAGUUGAUCCAGAUGCCAUUUGGCUGAUGCAGGGCUGGAUGUUUGUUCACAGUCCAUCAUUCUGGAAGCCUGCACAAGUUCAAGCUUUGCUUCAAGGAGCACCGAUUGGUAGGAUGAUCGUUCUGGAUCUGUUUGCAGAAACAAAACCAGUUUACCAAGACACAGAGUCUUUCUAUGGGCAACCAUUCAUCUGGUGCAUGCUCCAUAACUUUGGAGGAAAUCAUGGAUUAUUUGGCAAAGUUGAAAGUAUCAAUAGUGGACCAUUUGAUGCCCUGGUCUUUCAAAACUCUACUAUGGUUGGCACAGGGCUGACACCAGAAGGCAUAGAGCAGAAUGAUAUGCUAUACGAGUUGAUGAAUGAAAUUGGAUGGCGAACCAAACCCUUUGACCUGGCACAAUGGAUCACCAGCUAUGCCGACAGACGUUAUGGCCAGAAAAACUCUAAUGCAAGGGAAGCAUGGCAGAUUCUUCUUAAGAGUGUAUAUAACUGUACCCAAAUUUGGGUUGACCACAACCACAGCCCUCUGGUUCGAAGGCCAUCUUUGAAAAUGAGGACUGAUAUUUGCUAUAACCAGAAUGACCUCUUUGAAGCUUGGAGGCUUAUGUAUGAUGCAUCCUUGUCACUGGCCAACAGUGGAACAUUUCUUUAUGACCUUGUAGAUGUCACUAGAGAGGCAAUGCAGCAGUUAGUAUCUGCAUACUAUAUUGAAAUCAAGUCUGCGUAUGAGAAUGAAAUAUUGGAGAAUCUAAUGAGUGUAGGUGGUGUCCUGGUUUACGAUCUUCUGCCUGAACUUGAUGCUCUCCUUUCUAGUCAACCUCAGUUCUUGCUUGGACGUUGGCUGGAAGCAGCAAAUUCUAUGGCAUCCACCAAAGAAGAAGCUGCGUUGUAUAACAUGAACGCUCGCAAUCAACUCACUUUAUGGGGUCCGGAUGGUGACAUUCUGGACUAUGCCAACAAGCAGUAUGGUGGACUAAUUCAAGAUUAUUAUAAGGAGCGCUGGACCCUAUUUCUAUGGGGCCUCAUUGAGAGUCUCAACACAGGGAUACCAUUUAGUGAGAAGAAAUUUAAUGAAGCAGUUUUUAGUGUGGAACAAGACUUCAUAUACAAUAAAAAGGACUAUAGUUCCAGUCCUAAAGGAGACACCAUAGAGAUUACCAAGAAAAUUUUUCUUAAGUAUUAUCCGGAUUUAAUGAAAGCCGGUCAUGAUAGAUGGACAAGGAAAAUAAAACUGUAGUAAAAAGUUUAACAUUUCCAUUUCAAGGUCCUUUUGAACCAUUUAAUGGGACAAAAAGAUCCAUCAAGCAUGCUCUCGGUUAUUAACCACUAAUAAUUAAAACAUUUGUUCAGAAUUUGAAGGGAACUGUUAUCAUUCCAAAAAGUUCAUAUUUUAUAUAACAAAUUUAAAAGGUUGGUAUUGCCAAUGUAUAUUCUCUUCAAAAUCUAAGGGUAUGUUUCUUGCCACUAUAUUAUAGCUAUAUUAUAUCAUUUUAGUGCAGGAGCCAGAAGGAGGAUUUUUAUCACUAACUCUGAAGUGUGCAGAUAAACAUGUUAAAGAAUUAAUAAUUAAUUAGAAAAAUGUAAAAGUUAUAAAUGCAAACUUGAGCAAACCAAAACUCACAAUUAAACUACAAUUAAUAUCUAAAUGUUACAAUAUGUCCACAAUUGUAUAAUAAUUACAUGUGUAUAUAUACAUGAUUCGCAACUCGAGUGCCAGAUAGUUAAAAUAAAUUCAAUGAAACAGACUUAAAGAGGCCUAGAACCCUAACCUUACCAAAGAGACUCGAUAGAGAUUGCCAACCAUACUUGCCUUCCAGAAUUAACCACUAAAAAUUAAAAUUGCUAAUGGCAUAUGGAUUAAGUAUAUUCAACUAGAGUAAAGCAUAGGUUAUUUUCAAGACAAUUGUUUUCUCAAAUUGUGGACUACAAGAAUUUUGUGUAGGAAAUAAAACAUUUCCAGAUGAUCUGAAAAAUCAUCACCAAAAGUCAUACUAUGGCUUUAAAAAGCAAUUGUUGAUUAUGCUAACGUAGUGUACAUAUAAUCUUAAUUUUAGCAAUGACAGGAAGUGAAUAUUUUGCAUUUAACUCUUUACUCAAGCAGCACAUACCAAUCAUAAAACCAACAACCAAUCAGAAAAGUGUUACAAGGUGAUAUAAGGCUGAAUGUAGAUUUUGAUAUGAUUUGGUUUUUGUAUUCAAAUAUUU